CUCCGUCAGCCGGUCAGAGAAGAUCUCCGUGACUAGAGCCGGCCCCGGGCUAGGAAAACAGGAUGGGGCGGCCGGGGGUGUGCAGCCUGCUCUGGGUUACAGCUGUACUGCUCAGUCAGAGAGUCACCUAUGGUAAGCCGAGUCCAUACACUGCUUCUCUAACAUGAGUCUGAUAGUCUAACAUGGAAAUCUCCUCUGUACUGCGAGCAGUCUAUCAGAGCUAAGAGUGUAACCUGGCUAAUUAUCAAUAUAUACAGAUAUACAGAUAAUUAGCCCCUCUACACGUUAUAUAUAUAAUGUUAGUGUCUAUCAGUGUGUGUUUAUAUAGUUAUUAGCUGGCUCUCUAUCAAUUCAGUGUAUAUGUAGUUAUUAGUGUCUGUCAGUAUAUAUGUAGUUAGCAAGGAGUUGUCUGUCAGUAUAUGUGUAGUAAUUGGGGGGGCUGUCUAUUAGUGUAUAUAUGUAGUUAUUAUAUAUUGUGUAUAUUAAGUACUUUUAUAUUCUUGUAGCUUAAUUACAAACCUUACAUAUUGCAGAAUUGUUCUUUAUUUUUAAAACACGGUUAUGAAAAUUCAGAUUAUAUAUCACUGCUAAUGUCACCUGUAAUUAUCUCUAGUAUAGCUCAAAGUGAAAGAUUUUGGUGACCUGCAGUGCUCAUUGUAAUUACUCUGCAUCAAUCUCUACACAAAGAUCUAUAAUCUGCACAAAACCCUUACACUGGGUGUGCAAUGUAUCCUGUGUCCUAUACAUAUCUAUCUCAUUACACUGGGUGUAAUGAGGUAGACAUGUAUAGAUUUUUAUAGGGUUUAAUUGUGAAAGUGUAGUCUUAUAUGUUCACAUAUAGCCCGAAGAAGCAUUAGGAAGUACAGUGUGAAAUCAGAUUUCCUGUAAGAUGAUGACAGUGACAGUGUGGCCACUUAAUCGGGCAGGACCUAUGGACAUACACAGGGCUAUUUUGUGAAUUGUCAAGAUUUCAAAGCAAAUUUCAGGCCUUGAUAUUUAAAUUGGGAAACGUUUUCUGUAGAUCUCAUGCUUCAUUUGGAAAUAAAAUUCCAUUGUGUAAGUCAUAUUAAAUAUGAACCCUUCUAAAUCUAUAAUCCUGAAUCAAAUUGUUAGACAUAUUUAGUGCUAAGUGAAACUAUUGUAAAUGGAAUUCAUUCUGAUCACUGUUGGAGAGACAACAGUUAAGUUUGUUAAAUAAGAUUUAUAUCGCUUACCAGUUCAUAAAAUGAGAUUGUUGCUAAGUUAUGUAUCGUCCCAUCUUACCAGCUCAUGAGAAAGUUGAAAGUUUGAAAAAGAAAGUGUAGUGUUAACUGGUGGCUUUAUUCUAAUCUCUACAUUUAUUGUGAGCAGGCAAUUGUAUCCAUAAAAUAUGCUCUAAAAAAACACUGAUCAAAUUUAUUUAGUUUUUUGCUCUUUGACUUUGGAGAAAACCCAUCCAGAUGAGUGGAGCAGUUACUAUAGAAACCAUUGGAAUGUUCCUAUUGAUGCACUUUUACUUUUAUACUAGCAUUGUUCUUUAUUCAUGUUCUCUGUACAUAAUGAAUAUUUUGUCUGCAGGUUCUCUGAUAUGGAUUUAUUUAUUCAGUUUCAUUUAUUAUAAUAUAUGUCUGAGACUUGAUAACGUUGUUUCAAGACGUGUUUGUAUGUCACACGGGUUAUAUUUUACGUUUAUUUUCUUCCUCACUGGACAGUAUCUCAUGUAAUCUAUUGAAGUUUCAGGGUUUGGAGUCCAUGUUCCGCAUGGACAUAUUUUGGAAUAUGGGAAAGAUUUAUUUUUUUUGCAUAGGAAUGUUGAGGAUUGUGUAAGAUUAAACAAUUGCAUAUAAAGUGCCUGUUGACAAUGGUUUUAUUCCCUUCUUAUGACACUUUAGCAAGCGUGCUCUGAAUUUCUAGGGAUGUUUGAUUCCUUUCAAGUUACUAUGAAAUAAACAGAUUGUGUCCAGAUGGCUGUAGGGUUUCCCAUCAAAUUUUUAAAACUGUGCUUUGCCGUGGGAUGAGCCACGUGAUCUCAUACAAUACUGUAUUAUAACUUCAUUUAUUUUUCUUCCCUGUGGGGCUCCGGCUUGCAUCCUUAACCCUUUCUGCCCCAGUACGUUACAUCUGUCUAUUGCACACAUUUUUAAAUGAUUUACUACUAGGCUCAUGGUCCUGUUCACUUAUAUGGAAGAUUUGGUUUUUAAAACUUGUUUAGUCAAUCUAUAGGCUUUCUUAUAGGAUGCCCUGUAACCUUACUUUAAUGAACUAUGGUUUAUAUAGGACCGUUAAUGGGUACUCUCUGAUUUUCUGCUGGCCUCUCACUGAUUUUCUUUGUUGCUUCUGUGGCAUGAGGUUUCUCCUCAGUUAGGACUGUGCUUUCUUUUCUUUCCCCCUUCUAACAAUCCCUUUUUCCAAAUUUUCCCACCCAUCCCCCUCUCCCCCUCACCCCUCCUUUUUUCCCUCCCUCAGGGCAUAGAGAAGGAGAGGGGGAGGAGAGGCAAAGCAGAGGGAACUAGACAUGGAAUGAGAGAGCUUUCUUGUGUGAUAACAAUUGGGAUAAGAGUAAAGGGGGAGGGGGCAGACAGUUUCCAAACUACCCCCACAAAUCUGUCUACUACCUCCUGCAGCUCCUCUUUCCCCAUCUUUUUUGCUCUUUAGUUAGUUAAGUGUCAGCUGCUCUCUUCUUGUCGUGAUUUUUUUUUUUUUUUGUGACUCUCUUGUUCUCAUGAUCCUUUCUGCCCUUGUCUUACUCUUGAAAUGAGCCCCUGUCUCGCUCUCCCCCAAACAGGACUGUUCCAAGGCUCACUCUUGUUUGUCCAGGGCUCGACCAACUGUCACCAAUAUUAUAAGCUCCCCAAAAAGCAGUCAACUGUAGUGGUUUACAGAUGUUCGAUUGUAGACUCAAUCACUGUAAAAUGUGAUGGCCAUUAUUAUAAAAGUCUAAUUCAAUAUUUUUUUUUUUUGUAUAGUGAAUUUGUGGCACUCAUAAAGUCAGCCAAUCUCUGCCAUGGGAUUCUGUUACCGUCUAACUCCCCUUUAAUUUCCCAGCGUUCAAAUGUAGUCUUCUGGUACUUCUUCACCCUUCAUAAGCUUGCAUUUUUAUAUUACUUGUUACUUUAUUUUAAAAGUACCAACGUAUUCCUCAGCAGUGUAUGGCUAAUCACUUUCCCACCCAAGCUCCUAAUCUGUCAGUAUCCCAACCUAUCCAUGCACCUGUCCUCUUGACUUCCAUCUUUCUAAGUUACACCUUGUCUUCCACUUGGAAGCUAUUUGAUUUAAUGUUUUUCUGUCCAGACUAGCAUAGUUUUAGUUGAUAUGGAACCAGUCUUUUUUUAUUAUUGAUAUGCUGUUAGCACUUAGAUUAGCAGUGCUCUUGGAUAUUAUAAUAUAUACAUAUUAUCUUUGAUUUUUUUUUUUUUGCAUAUUACUAUCUACACAAAUAUUAUAUUUUAUAGACUGAAAGCUCGUUUGAGCAGUGUCAUCAACCUACUGUUCCUGUAACUUUUAUGUACUUGUCUUAUUUAUUAUUAAAUUUCCUCCUCUUAUACUAUUGUAAAUUGCUGCUGAAUAUGUUGGCGCUAUAUAAAUGCCAAAGAUAACAGGUGCUAAAUAUUUAAAUCCACUGAAAUAAGAGAACCCUGUCUGUUUAGUUUACAAUUUUGUGUUCUUGCCUAGGUAGGUUAUAAUGUAGUUGGCGAGUUCUUCCCUUUCAUGUGCCCAGAAUCUCGGCAAAUAAGUUUCAUGGAUAUAUUCAGGCUUGGCAGCAUUGUAGCAAGAGGCAUCUAGAACAUAUCAGAAAAGGAUCCAAGACGUUGGAGAGGUAUGCAAAGGUAGUAGUGAGUAAGGUUUUGGAAAAUGAGGUAUAUCGCUGUGUCAUGCAUUCAGUACCCUUCCAGGAAUAGAAAAACUUUAUUUAACCUGAGUUUCUCUUCCUUCUACCUGUAGAGAUGAUCUUUGCUUACUUGUAUUUCUGAUUCUCUAAAAUAUCUUUGUAGUACUAGUUAAAAACAAAACACUUGGGAGAGAUUUUCUAAGAGAUGAACAGUUGGAGAAUGACAGUCUGCCUAGGACCGGGAUCGGCAACCUUCGGCACUCCAGAUGUUGUGGACUACAUCCCCCAUAAUGCUGGCAAAAGUCACAGGAGGUAUAGUCCAAAACAUCUGGAGUGCUGAAGGUUGCCUAUGCCUGGCCUAGGACAUUUUAAAAAAAAUUUAAAAAUAAAUUGUCAUUGAAGUUUGAACAGUGUUCUUCGUAAUUCUCAUAAUUUCUUCUUGGACUUACUCUGUAUAUUAUAAAAGUGGUACUAAAAUCAUUUUUUUUUUUUUUUUUGCAAUAGAGUUGCUCCAACUACCAUGACCACUUCUGCAUUUUGAAGUGGUAAUCGUGGUAGGAAUCUUGAUGUGUAGCAUUUCAGCUUGAAAUUCUGCCAAUUAUAGCGUUAUCUGUACUAUUUUGAUUUGGGCUAGUUGCAACCCCAGCACAUGAGUUAGACAGCCCAUCACUCUGUUCUGGGCUGCCUAAUGUCAAUUCUGUGCAAAAAAUAAAUCCGUCAUUGUUGGCACACAUAGCAUUCUGUAAACAGACAUAUUAAGCUUUUCAUUUACAGGAAGGUGAGCUUUAGUGUUCUCUCCCUCCAUGCCACACAAGCACACACACAUUUUUGUGAAUUUAUGGUUGUAGCUUAUCCAUCUUUUUGCAAGAAACCUCGUGCAGGAUUAUUCAGUAAAGUGGGAAAUUAAUUCAAAGUGAAUUUUAAUUUUUUGUUGAAAGCAUCCAUUUUGACUGUUGUGAAAUAAAAUGUGGCAUUUAUUUUAAAUUCAAGACUGUUCAUAGUUAUUAAUCCUAUUACUACUAUUAGUGUCCAUCCUGGAAUGUUGUGAUUUUUUUUAAUUUUUAAUUUUAUUUAUUUAUUUUUUUAACGUUUUAUUUUUGGGUUGCCACUUUUCAGGUUCAUCUGUACACCUUUUGAACAAAUAUUUCUUGUUUAUUUACUUAUUUAUUUUUUCUGUUAAGUCCAUUAAACAAAAAACAAACCCAUCUCUUAUACAGUUUGCAUUUUGGUGUUGCUGUGGCAAAUCCCAUUCAGCAGAUAACACAGAUCACUUGCCCCGAUAAACUUGUUUUCACACCAACGGCAAACAUUCUGUCUCUCUCCUUUCAUGCCAUGUGACUGAUCUUAAUCCCGUUUCCCACCUAUUUUCUGUUAAUGAAGAGUAAACAUGUUCUAAUUUCUGGCACUUUAAUCUUUCAGACUUCCUAAUAUCUCCUGUCACUGAUGCCUACCUCUUUCCAUUUAUAAUUACAUUUUCUUUCUCAUGAAGGGGUCAUUGGUGUCUCAUUCUGUGAGUCAGAGCCAGCAUUGUCUUCUUGCACUGAAUUCAUGUGAGAACUAUAGCUACUGCUAGUCUAGUAACGAUGCAUGACAUCAAUGCAUUUGUCACAUUAGCUUUACUUGCGCAUUACAUCAGAGGAUGUGGGUGGUGUCAGAAGUUUGACAAAAUGGACAGUCUUGCAACCUGAAACAAGGUGGGAUAUAUUCGAAAUCAGCAAUUGUUGUGAAUUGAUCAUUUUAUGCCAAUAGCCAUACUGGAAAAUUGGCAGAUUUGCAGAUACUUUUUUUUUUUUUAAUUUAGGUAUGCUAGACACUUUGUAACUUUCUGGUUAAUUCUAGGUUUAUUAAUAAGCCUUUAAGGAUUCAGAUGCUCUUACGAUAAGUCAACAUAGUUCUUAAAUAGAUGCUGAAAGCAGCAAACCAACCGCAACUCGGCAUAUUGGUGAUGUUGAGUCUUUGGGCAAGGUUCCCUUGGUCCCUUUUAACUGGUUUCCUGGAGUCCACCCACUCCUUGCCAGCAUUAAUGACCCUGAUAGUGCAGAAUUGAUAUUUCAGUCUUAAUUUCAUCCAAACUGGGAUGCAUUGAUGGGCUGAAGAUUUCUUUGGCACAGGUGUACAACACAAUUUACAAUGUUAUUCUCAACCUAUGUAGACGAGUGCUCCACUCAAGAUUCUGUCAAAUAGCAGACAUUAAAGGGGCAAUUUUGUAUUUUUCACUCUGUAGUUUCCUCUGCUGCAGUUAUAAUAAACUUUACUUCCAAUUUGUGUUUUAUAUUGUGUAACUUUCUUCUAGGAUUAAUCAAGCUGUGGGCAAGGAUGAAUGAGACAAAGGUUGACCUGAUUAAAGACUUGUUUGUGAACAGGGUUUGGGCAUUUAAAAGUAAUGGACUUCAUGUUCCUUAUAUAUGUUAUAUAUCAUUUAAAAGUAUUCUAGUCGCAGGGAAUGCAGGGCUCCUAAAGGAGCUCUGUUAUUUAAAUUGUGUAAUAGAGCAUGUGUAACAAUCAAUACUUUCUGCAAGCAGAGUCCUAAGCAAACAUUGAUAUGCGAACACAUUUGUCAAACCCCUGAAAUAGGAUAAUGUACAAAUGACCUAAUCAAUAUUGAGCAUAUGAAAUAAUCCAUGCAUUGUGCUGGAUCCAGGGUUGACAAUAAAGGAGCACACCAUAACCACAACAGCUUGUUGUAUUGGUUAUAGUGCCAGGAGUACCUUGCUCCCCUGUUGUAAGGUGUUGGACAGCUUUGAAAGGUGUGAUCGCUCUUAUCUGGAGUCCACUGAGUGCUGCUCCCCAUCUCCCUUUCCAAUGCUGUAAAGCCAGAAAUUCCUAAACAGGACCAAUUAGCUCUUCUGAGAACCCAUAAAAACCUUAUAAUCUGUAUAGAGAGAUGGGUUGUCCUUUUAGUGGUUGUAGUGUUCAUGGAAGUGAAACUUCCCAUACACCAGUGCUUAAAGGGACACUGUAGGCACCCAGACCACUUCAGCUAAUUGGUGAGUGAAAUUUAACUUUUCAAAGGGGAAACUGGGGACCUAAACUAUGUUUUUACCACUAUAGUGUCAGGAAUACAUGAUUGUGUUCUUGAUACUAUAGUGUUCCUUUAAAUGUAAGCUAUUUUACCUUUUCUCCUAAAAAUGAUUACUAUGGUUUCUUGUAUAACAUCAUAAUGUAACCUAUGGGAACUGGGAAACAUACUUUCACUCUGGAAAAUAUGCCCAUUGGAUGUAAUAAAAUGUUGCUGCAACCUAUUUACAUUGAUCUCUGCAGAGCUUAAAGAGGAACUGUCACAUUCCAGAUUCGGGCUUAUUUUCAUAGCUAACUAGUAGUUAUUUAUUAUAGUUUAAAGGAACACAGUAGGCUGUGAUGACCCUUUUUAAAUGUAUUUGAUCUCUAAUCUAUUAAAUCCUUUCCAACAUAAAAUGGAUUUGAAUGUCUUUUUUGCAGCAGUUUCCUGGACACUGCCUCUUUUGGGCUGACCAUCUCAAGAAAUGGUUAUAUUGGUCUGUCCAUUGCUUACAGUUGGAGCUCUGUGCGAUUUCUUAAAUUGUUCUGUGCAGAUCUUACUGUAUAUCAAUUCUCAAAUAUUUCCUCCUGGAAGAUUCCAAGAUGGCCGCAUGCUCUCCCUGCCCCUUUGCAGCGAAAGUAGGCUUUAUUUACAUGUUUCUUUUGCACAUUGGACCCCAGUGAACACUUCAGUUGUGUUUACUGGGAUGAAAAUAGAGUGCGUGCCAACAAAAAAAGGUGACCUUGGGAUCCUGCAUGCUAUAUUUUAUUUAUUACUGACAUCUAUAAAGCGCCAACCUAUUCCACAGAACUGCCAGGUUGAACCAGAAUACUGAUUCCAUGAUUUAAGCAGAGUGGUGGUGAGUUGAAACCAAUAUUAAGACCUGUAAUGCACCCCUCCCUUCCACACACUCUUUUUACUAAUUUUGGCAACUUGCUCAUGAACUUACUUGGUGAAUAAACCCUUUGAUAUCACUUAUUGUCCAUGCCCCAAGGGAAUUCUCUUUUCCUGUAUUCGCCUACUCUUGUAACUUUUUUUUUUUAACAAGUAGUACUACUGACCUCACCCUUGGCUUGUGAUUAUGACUGCCAUGUCAUCCUCAUUACCAGGACCCAAGUCACGGUUUCCACAUACACCAUCUAGAUAUUUUCCAAGGAUUGACAAGUGUAGUAAUUUAAAAAAAACAAAACAAACCUUUUGUAGUACAAAUUGUUUCUAUGCAUUUCCUACGUAUCUUGUAUCUUAUUUCCCUUUUGAGAAGAACUGGAGAAAGAGCUGUAACAGAGGACCAGUUACUUCCUGUUUUCAUCUACUCCUCCCUUCAGGCACAGAAGAGUUCAUUAUACAAUCUGAUUUAAGAUGCCCUAUGCACCCCAGGCUCAUUGUAUCAUGGCCCCACUCCCCAUCACCAAACAAGUGUCAAAUUAAAGUUGAGGUAGGACCCCAUCCUGAAAUCUUAAUAGUUAAGCAUGCCCUGCCUGUAACAGGUUUACCGUUUGGAUGGCUCAUAACUGGUCAGGGUGCAAAUUUAAAAGGAACCUGUGACCAUUUACCGGACCCUCCGUCCUCCGCUGCAUUACGCUGAGGUGUGGGUGUUAAUAUUCUGUGAUUUCUACCCCUCCUGCUUUCCCUCAUUCAGCCUGGUCUCGUAAUUUACCCUGCUUGUGGAAAUUUCUAUACUGGCGUCUAAGUGACGUCACGUUACUCAAUUUAUGUACUCCCUGGCUAGUGCUAGCCGCAUCAACUAAGGGGUUACCAUAGCAGCCACAGUGUGUGUCCUGUUCUUGUAGUUUUUAGCUUGGUGGAACUAAAUUCAGGAGACAUGCAAUUGCCAAGAGCACCUGCCUUGCAAAGACUUCUCAUUGAGCUGUGAUGGGACAGCCACAUAAAGUCUAGGGUAGGGAAGAAGGCAAAGGCUGCAGACAAGAAAUCUGCAGCAUUUUUUCUUUCUUCAAGCUGUUUUUAAAUAUACGCCAAUGAGAGAAUGCAUAAUUAAUUAUACAUGUUUUCACUGGGGUUAUAUCUACUAAACUGUUUUUUUUAAUUUGGUCUAUGGAGUAUCACUUUAAGGAUUUGUUUACUAAACUCAGAAUUGUAGUGAGAUGAAAAAUGUAGCAAUUGCAGUUUGGAUGGGAAAAAAGUCCAACAAAGGCUAUAUUAGCCUGCAAUUUUGUUUUCAUUCUGCAAUAAUUGGCCUGUCACUGAAUAAAACUUAAUUGUGGAGCAUCCAUAUUUUUAAACCAAAUUUUACAAAAGUUCCUUAUUUCCUUGUCUUAUUGGAUACUGUGAUAUGCCUCUGGAAUCCAAAAGCACUAGCUUUAUGUGUGUGUAUAUUUAUUUUGUCUCUGUUGCAAGAUUAGUGUAUAUUCAGUAUUUCUGUUCGGAAAGAAGGUUUAAAAAUAUUUAAGUAGACAUUAACACUUUUUUGUACAGAAUACCUAGGCUAUCUCUGUGAAACCAAAGCUUUCAGCAAUAAAGCUAACCAUGGUGGGCAAAACGUAAAGGAACACUAUCGUGUCAGGAAUACAAACCUGUAUAUUUGACACGAUAGUGGUAAAAACACUGUUUAAAGACCCGGCCUCCGUUCAAAUAGCUUCUUUUUUUUUUCAGUGCUGUGCUAUUCUUACCGCUGCUGGCCCUACCUCCAUGGCUGUGAUCUUCAAAUUAGAAGCUAUUGAGGAUGUGCGGCAAAACACCAUGCUGUGACAAUACGCAUCUCCUCAUAGAGAUGCAUUGAAUCAGUGCAUCUCUAUGGGGAACGUUCAGAGUCUCCAUGCAAAGUGUUCAGCACUGACACAGGAAGCACCUAUAGUGGCUGUCAUUAGAGGUGUUACGAAGCAGUAAUGUCAAUCCUGCCUUCUCUCUGAAAAGACAGUGGUUACAGCCUGCUCUUUCAGCCAUUUUCAUUUAAACACCAGAACUACAUUAAGCUGUAGUAGUUCUGGUGACUAUAGUGUCCCUUUAACUAUGGCUUCACAGCUCAGCAAUCCAUUUGUAAGUUUUUUUUUUUUUUUAAAUGUAAGAAAAUAAUGUGACUUACUAGUUUCAUUAGAUUGGAAUAAAUGUGCAGUGAUAAUGGCUAUUUUUUUUUUUUAUUUCUAUGUUUUGUAGUGGUUAUGGUGUUGGGAGGCUAUGGGUAAAUCACCUUAGAUUCUGUCAAUCUCUUUUCAUGGUUUGACAAGAAAUUCUCAAUUACCCUAUGCCUGCUCACUAUGUGGGGGACACUAUAAAGAGAAAGUUCACUUUAAAUUCCUACUAUGGCAUAGUUUAAUUAACCACCAUCAGUUUCUAUACAUAUCUUUGUAUGUGGUGGUUAGAUCCCAGGCUCUCAUUUGGUUUAGAUAUAGCUGGUAUAUACUAAAUGACUUAUUCUGAAACAAAAUGCUAGAUCUUCUGUAAGUACAUGGAUUGUGCCCGUUCAGUAUACUGUAUGGUGCCUUGUUCUUAUGUCCCUACAGUAGCAAUAAUAAUUAAAGGGAAACUCCAGUGCCAGGAAAACAAUCUAUUUUCUUGGCACUGCAUGUCCCUUCUCCCUCCCACCCCCUAUCCCCGGUUGCUGAAGGGGUGAAAACCCCUUCAGUAACUUACCAGAGGCAGCGACGAUGUCCCACGUCUCUGCUUCUUCCGCUGCCGCCACUUCUCCUCUGCAUUAUGUCGGCCGGUGGGCGAGACUGAUCCCACCCACCGGCCAGGGAGACCUAAUGAGCAUAUGCGGCAAUGCCGCAUAUGGGCAUUGGAGCUCUCCAUAGGAAAGCAUUAAAAAUGCUUUUCAAUGCUUUCUUAUGGGGAAAUGAGCGACGCUGGAGGUCCUCACACAGCGUGAGGACGUCCAGUGACGCUCUAGCACAGGUUUUCUGUGCUAUGAUACAGGAAGUGCCCUCUAGUGGCUGUCUAGUAGGCAGCCACUAGAGGUGGAGUUAACCCUGCAAGGUAAUUAUUGCAGUUUAUAAAAAAAAAAAAACUGCAAUAAUUACACUUGCAGGGUUAAAGGGAAACUCCAGUGCAAGGAAAACAAUCCGUUUUCCUGGCACUGCAGGUCCUCUCACCCUCCCACCCCUCAAUCCCUGGUUGCUGAAGAGGUGUUAACCCCUCGUCGCUGCUUCUUCCUCCGCGCCACUCCUCCCUCUGAUUCGGUUGGUGAGACUGAUCCCGCCCACCGGCCGGGGAGACCUAAUGCGCAUGCGCGGCAAUGAUGUGCAUGCGCAUUAGCGCUCCCCAUAGGAAAGCAUUGAAAAUGCAUUUCAAUGCUUUUCUAUGGGGAAAUGAGCGAUGCUGGAGGUCCUCACACAGCGUGGGGACGUCCAGCGACGCUCUAGCACAGGUUUCCUGUGCUAGAAACCAGGAAGUGCCCUCUAGUGGCGGUCUACUAGACAGCCACUAGAGGUGGAGUUAACCCUGCAAGGUAAUUAUUGCAGUUUAUAAAAAAAAAACCUGCAAUAAUUACACUUGCAGGGUUAAGAGUAGUGGGAGUUGGCACCCAGACCACUCCAAUGGGCAGAAGUGGUCUGGGUGCCUGGAGUGUCCCUUUUAACAAAUAUCUAAAGUGGUUUAUUAUUGAAUCCAAGUGUACAUGGUUCAAGCCGCUUUAUGUAAACUUUGUUUACCUGAGCAGAAUGAUCAUAAAGUCUGUCACUUUUUUUUUUUUAUUUUAUUUUUAUUUUUUCAGCCGUAUCUGUUGUAAAUAUCUACCAGUCAGAACAACUGAAAAAACAUCUGACUCAUAACUUCAGUCGAAAAGCAGAUGCAUUAUUCAUAAGGUGUAUGUGUGUGUAUAUAGGUAUAUAAAAUAAAAUAACCUGUUUUUGGUGCAUCUGAGUCACUGUGAGAUAGAAGCUCAUUAAAGAUGGUUACACCCCAUGCUUAAUUAUCUGUAAAAGGCCGCACAUUAAUUUGGGACUUGGCAACUUAAUAGCUUAAAGAAGCAGUCUAAGCACCAUCACCACUAUAUGUUGGUGUAGUGCUUAUUGUGCUUUUAAGGCUGAGGGUGCCAUAUCUCUGUUCUUGUACAAACUUUUUUUUUUUUUAUAGCUGUUUUACCGAAACUGGGAAUCUCUGAGACACUCACAGCCCAGCUCGUUAGUCGCUUAUUGCUAAAGUGGAAGUAAUCACAAUGGAAUUUAAUGGUUAUGUUGCCUGGACUGCUCCCUUAAAAGGCAACUGUCAUCAUAUUUUCUCUUCUCAUUCUUAUAAGUUUACAACUUAUUUACUUAGAAAAUUUCACUUUUUAGCGGGUUGAACAGCCAUGUUGGGCUAAACUCUACCAUUAUUGGAUUACUAAACCUACCCAACAGCCUACUGCUGUGAUUGACACUCUGUCUUUGACUUUUAAUAAUUCAAAUUUUGCUUCCUCUUUUUCUGGUCAAGACUGUCUGAACUGCAUAUCCCUUUAACUCUAGAUGGAGCAGUGUUUAUGGGGUAAGAUAGCACUUUAAAUAUAUAAAAAAAAUUUAAUGUUAAUGCAUUAACUUUAUAAUUUACAAUUUUAUUUUUUUUCAUUUUUUCUAAGCCCAGCACAGGGUUUACAGAAUGAUAUAUGGAGGAUUACUAAAAGAUAAUACAUUGUGUUUAGUAGAAAAUGUGUUACAGAGAUUAGCUUAGUUGAAAAGAUAUGACACUAAUAACCAUAUUAAGUGUGUACAUGAUGGCAUACAAUGCAAGCAAAAUAUAGAGGAGUUGAAGUGGACUGUAAGGUUGUGUUUUAUUUGCACAUAUGAAUGUAUAAAGUGAAGGGAGGGGCAGCAGACUGGGUAUCUACCCCUGUAUGUUGUCUUAUAUCUCCAAGGAAGUAGAACUUUUAGUCAGUACAUUUUUUGUUUGUGGUUUUCCUGUCACUGUGUGUAGAUUUUUAUUUAUCACAUAUUUUAUCAGGAAGGUUACACUGCAAUUUCUCUCGUUUUCAAAUAUGUCCUGGGCCCACAAAUUCCAUUGUUGCAAUAGGGUAUAAUAUUAAAAACAAAAAAAUAUUAAAAUUCACAUCUAUACAUUUUUAACACAGAGCAGGUAAAUAAAAGUAACCAUAAUUACAAGUGCAUUCUGUAUUGAUAUAUUGACAGAGGUCUCUUAAAGGAUUUUAGGCUUUUUAUAUCUAUCUGAUUCUGUCAUCCCUAUCUUUCGUGAAUGUCUUUUUGCUCCCAAGCAGUGUGUUUGGUAUUUCAUUUUUUUUUUUUUUUUUGCCUUUUUCUCAUGUGUGUAUACCAAAAAUCUCAGUCAACAUUGAACAUAUAAAAGGUAAUGUUUGCUCUUUGAAGGACUUAUUUAAGUGGACCAUUGACUGCACGGCAGUUUCAUCAUACUUUAUUGUUGCUUAAUUGGUAGUUUCAGCACAUUGGAGUUUACUCACUGAGGCAGGAAUUGUGGAGAAAUGGCAGAUUAUAGACAAAUGUAGCCCAGCUGGGGAAUCUUUCUAAUCUGGUCAUUUUGGCCUCACGUUUGCAGUUUUUAUCUAUUCUCCACAACUCCCUUGGUGUAGUGAGUUCGUUAGUAAAAUUCUUGUUUUCCCCAUUUGGUUGCGAUGUGGAUUUCCAGUACACAUGAGAGUAAAAUAGGGGAAAGUGUAUCGGUUUUCUUUCUAAAAAAUGGUCUAAGUACUAAAUGUGGCAAUCACAAUGGAAGACAGUGGAACCAGUAGGCAUGUUUCAAUUAGUGACUCCUUCCCUUUUAGUUUUUGUACCAUAUUUUAGAACAGAACAUUUUUGUGUCUCAUAUUGUAGUGCACUUGUCAGAGAACAAGUUGAAGAGCUUUUCAAGGCAACCAUCUUUGCUUCACUUUUAAAGGGUUAUCCCAACUUAGCACAGGAGAGCUAAUGGAAGUUCCUGCUCCAACUUAACUUAUUCUAGUGCCGAGGUUCCUCAGUGCUGGCUCCAUCUCCAGCUCCUCUGACACCAUCGCAAGGAGGAAUCUAUUGGUGAGCAGUACGUACAUUAGGCCUGUAUCAAUACUUACCUAUGGGGAUUUAGAAAACGCUGGACAUUCUCAUGCAAAGCGUGGGACUUCCAAUUUCAUAUCACAGAGUUAAAGGAACACUAUAGUGUCAAGAAUACAAACCUGUAUUCUUUAACCUAUUAUUUUGAAGUGGCUUAUUAGGUGAACGGCUCCCUCUCUGCAGUAAAAAGCUGAUUUUACUACCCGUUUCUCCCACUUUGUGACUGGCUCCACCUCCAUGGUUAAGAUCAUCUUGAUCUUAGCCAAUCCAAUGCUUUCCCAUAGGAAACCAUUGGAAAGCUAUUUUGCAUGCUUGGCAACAUUAUGUUCUGCAUCAAUCGGCAAAUCAAUGCAUCUCUACGGGGGAAAAUUCAGUGUGUAGAGAUUGUGAACGCCUGUGGUGCACUUUACUAGAAAUCUCUUCUAGUGGCCAUCUGAGUGAGGUGUUCCUAGUCACCAAUGUACACACGGACUCUUCUAUGAACAGGGACAUGCUAUAGACACCAGAUUCACGAUGUUAAGCUGGACAGGGACUCUGCACUAAAGUGGUCUGGGUGCCUAUAGUGUCCUCUUUAAAAGGUUCAAUCUCUCCAAUUGUAAUAGUGGAGAUGAGGUUUGGCUCCUGUCAGACCUUAUUCAGAAACAGUUUGACUGCUUACAAUGGGAUGAAUCCAGGGCACUCCUGGCACCAUAACCAUUGCAACAAGUAGUGGUUAUGGUUCUUGGAGUGUUCCUUUAAGUCUGCCAUUGUUAGAUAUGAACAGCUUGAUAUUUACCCUAAUGUUGCCACAAGCCAUUGGAAAUUACAUAGUAUGUUUUGGCUUACUUUUUAAAAAAAAUUUUUUAUAGUAGUUCACUAUAGUUACAGGUGUCCACAUUUUACUACCUUUUAAAUUCUGUAGCUCUUGCUCCUGUGCUUGAUGUAAUACCAUAUUUGAUUUUUUUUUAAUUUUAUUUUAUUUAUCUUUUUCCCUUUUAAAAUUUGCACCUGGGCUAAAUUAUAUCGAUGGUUUGUGUAAAUCGUAGUUAUUGAAGAAUUGGAGAGGUAGCUGCCUGUUUUCCAUCCCUGUCCCUCUAUGAAUGCUUGUCCUCUGCAGAAUGACCCAACUUCGACACCCUAUCUAUUAUAAACUACAACUCCCGUUAUGCAGUAAAGUAUAGGGUUGUGUGUUGGAUUGCACAAGUUUUUUUUUUUUUUUAUUAAUGCAUGUUUGUCCUGCUCCUUGUUCUUGUGCAAUGGUCUGUGCUUCUGUCUUUGUUUUUUUUUUUUUUCUUUCCCCUUGUGGUGCUGUUUGCUUCCCUCAUCCUUUAGUACACUGUUGGCAUUAUCCUCUGCAGCAGAGCUGCUUUCUGUACCCUCCCCCUCUUCUGUGUCUCUGGUCCCCUCAAUUAUCUGGUUCUCCAUGCCCACCAUCCAGUCCAGACCUACAGUGCUAACCCUUUCAUCUCCAGUGGGGCCAUGUGAUUCCCUUCAUUAUUACUCCCGGCUUGAGUUGUCAUUUGCUAGUUUGCAAGUUGUCUCUUAUGGCCUUCUAGUACCAUUACAGCCUUUUUAUAUUGCUGUUAUCUAGCUUUAAAGGGACACUCCAUACUUUAAUCAACGUUUGAUGCAUUAACUUACGCAAAACAUAUAAUUAUGUGCACUACAGGUUCCUAAAGCUGGUUUGCGUGCCGCUGCUGAUAUGGAGGUGUUGUGUUGACAAGCAUGCCAUAUUCCCAAGUUGAAAGCACUUAGGUGGAGAGUCAGAAAGUAAAAUGUCUCCCUUUAGUCUGCAUUUAAGGGGGUAUCUUAUAACUGCGGCCAUUUGUGCAAAAAAUAAAUUGCUUCUGUUAAACAAUACCAUGGAGACCCCCUUGCAGUAUAAACUAAGCAAUAAAAAUUGGUUGUUAUGGUGUUGUAAGUGUACCUUUUUAGUGCCAUAGUUCCCUUCAUUUUCCCCUCCUUUAUUUGCCCUGAGUGACCUUUCAUUUAUAUGAAUGUUUUUGUUAAUUGCUCAUGCUAUUCCGUUUGCUUCUGUACUCUUUUCCUUGGCUUUUUGGUAAACCCACUAAUAAAUAAAUAAAUAAAUAAAUAAAUAAAUAAAUAAAAAUAUAUAUAUAUAUAUAUAUAUAUAUAUAUAUAUAUAUAUAUAUAUAUAUAUAUAUAUAUAUAUAUAUAUAUAUAAUCAUUUUAAAAAUAAAAUAAAAAAUCCUCAUUGCAGUCUUCAUUUUUUUUUUUUUUUUUUACAUAUUUUUUUUUUUCCCUUCACUAGCACAGGUUGGCCUGUAGGUAAUCCACCUGUGCCAUUGUGUAGUCUAAGUAGGAGAAAACUUGAACAAAUGGGGUUACAAACAAACUCUCAGAAGCCCUGCCCUCUCCUUCAGCAAUGUCCGUUCUCCUAAGGCUCUGUUUCCACAUCUUUAUCUGUGGCAUGCUCUCCUUUUUUAGAACACACCCUGCUUGUGUGGUUUGUAAGUUGAAAUCUGAUGCUGUGGUACUUCUUGGCUGCCCUCUAGUUUUUCCCAAGUCUGUCUUCACCAUUUCAUCUCUGUCCUCAUAGUGAUUGCUUUCCCAUUCACCCACCCCAUAGCCUUUCUCCUUCUGGCAGUACCAUUUAUGUUUGCAUUGUUUUUUUUUUUUAAAAAUUUUUUUAUUCUUUUCAGCGCGUUUAGCACUCGAGGUAUGACCAUGCAUAGUUAUGCAGUGUGUAGCCCGUCCCACUUCUCUUGAAAGAGACACAAAGUCUUCAGCCAAAUAGAUUGUUGGAAAUCUUUGUCUUUUUUUUUCUUCUCUUCUUUUCCAAAGUACCUAAAAGCCAUAUAUGCCUGUAAUUCGCUCACCCUGUCUCUCAAACCCAUGAAUUUAAGCCCCUGGCACUCAUGGAGUUAACGGAUUGCUUAGGACUAUUCCCUGAUUAAUUCCACCCCCCCCUAUAGUCUGAUGGGGAACAAUACACAUGUCCAUUUUUUUCUAUGGGAAUUUUCUCCUCCCCUCUAAAACCCUGUCUGGGAAAGCAGGAGGAGGGAGUGAGAGACUCAAAUUUCUCAGGGAGCAGAGGACGGGUUUUAUAUGUAUAUGCAAUUUUUUUUUUUUUUUUUUUUAAGUUCCCUUUCUCCCUUUUCUGACAUUUUAAUGAGGACCUUGGGUAUAGGGGAAAGGGCUAAGAGGAAGAAAGGACCCUAUUCAAAGGGAUGUGGGAGAGGAAAAAAAUAUAUUCUCAAGAUGGUUAAAGGAAUUUUUGUAAUGCUUUGCCUCUGAGAUGAGGCAGCAAGGCUUGCUGAAUUUAUACUUAAUUUUCAUUAUUAUAUUAUCUAUUUGUAAAUACUGCAGAAAAGUAAAUACAAGUAAUGUGGUCAUAUAAGUAAUUUUAAUCUAUAAAUGAGUGAAACACACAGACAAAAAAUAUAUAUAAAGCAGCACAGGAAUGUUGGAGGACUUUCAAAUGUCAGUUGGAAUGUCUGCAAAUAAUUAUCUAUCUUGGGUCUAAACACACUAAUCGAACAAUGAUUUUGAUGAAUCCCAUUGAAUUUCAGCUGCUAUACAUGGAAUAAAGAAUUCGGUCAAGAGUUACAGAAAAUAUAAUUCCAAGUCCAUUACUCCCAGAAAAUCUUAUGGGAAAACUUGUGUUUAUAAAAGAAAAUACUUUGUAAAAUUAUGUCUGCUCACUCCCCUAUUCUGAUUAAAUUUUCUUAAGUGUUUCUGAUUCCAUCCGAUAUAUUUAUUGUCCCACAUUUGAAAAUUUGCAAUUAGUUUUUUGUUUUUUUUUAAUUCCCCACCCCAUGUUUUAGCUCAUAGUUGACUGCCAUUGUCUUUUUAUUCCUUAUGUUGCCUCUCAUUUUUUUUUUUUUAAUCUAAAUACCUUUUUGUCUAACACUCUGGUUUUUUUCUUAUGUGUAAAUUGCGUCAUGCUAGACACUGUCCAGAUUUAUUUUAAUUGUCUCUAAUCCUUUUGUUUUGCCUCAGACAUUUAAAGUCUUUCCCACUUCAAUCUUUUUUUUUUCUCUCUCCGUACUGUUUUAUUUUUGUGUAUACCUAUAUAUUUUCGAUCUGUAUCCUAUCUCCUUCUCACUAUAUCCCCUUAAAUAGUUUUCCAAUGACGUUUAACUUAAAAUUGUUUCGCAAGCUGAAAACGUACAUUGUUGCUAACCGAUUCACCCAUCUUAGUUAAGGCAUGCAUGGUGUAGUUUUUAUUACUGGAUAGUGCUUUUUCCUUGUGUGAAAGGACAGAGGUCAUGUGUCAGACUCACAGUACAGUAGAGAACCCCAUCCCCCUGCCCCGCACCCCCUUUCUUUCUCCUUUCCAGUGAUGAAACACACUUCAAUCAUCUGCCUUGCCUCUUAGUCUCCCUCCCACCACUAUGUACCCAAUGAGCCAUCUGCUCCUCAAUUCUUUCCCUUUUCCCUGUGCCAUCUUUCACACAAUGCUUCCCCGUUCAUGUGUUCCAAAUAGGACUUGCAGUUUCUGUGCUUGGCUUUCAGAUCCUCAGAGCACUUGUCUCCAAGCUCACUUGUCGUUAUCCAAGUAUUGCAACACUUUCCUCUGCCUAUUCCAUGUAAUCCUCACUUUUUCCUGCCUAUUCUGUAUGACCUUAUAACACACCAUCCAUCUCUUGCCCACCUGCAUGUCAUCAUCACUCUAGGCCUGUUAAGUUCUAAACCCCUCAGGUCAUCUAUAGUAAUCUCUUCCUGCCCUUCCUCUAAACACUUGACAGAAAUGCUGUUUACUGCCUCUAGGCUGCUUUUAUCUACAUGAAUCUAUUUACAAAUAUUGACUCUUGCACUUGUGUUUUUUUUUUUUUUUUUUUCCUAUUGUGAUAUCUGAAACAGUUUAAAAAAAAAUGAGUUAAGCCCAUUACAAAAGUCACAAAAAAAUUUAUUCCCCAGAUGCCCACAAACAUUCUGUAGAGAUCCUGAUCUACUAAGCUAAAUGUGUACGGUUCCGACUAUCAAGAACAACAUAUUAAAUAAUGGAAGAACAAACUGAUUUGUAGGUGACUGUAUGGGCCUCCACUUGUAGCUUCAAGGAAACAGUGCUCCUGUUUGUGAACAUGGACCAAAUAUAGUUCCCUUCUGUAGUUCACUCCUUGCUGUGGUGUUAACUAAAAGUUAAACUAAUAUAGAUUCAUUGUACAGCGCUAUGGAAUUUGCUGGCGCUAUAUAAAUAAUAUAAUCUAGAACCUGCCAUUUCUCUCUAUCCCCCUACCCCCUGAGUUUUUCUAAAAGUUUCAUUUAAAAAAAAAAAAAAAAAAAAUUUAUUUGCUUUUUUUUUUUGUGUGUCCCAUGGAGAGUUCCUUGGAGAUUUAUGGUUGAAAAUAUUUUCAUCCUUUGUUUCUCAAUACAAGCCAUUUUAAUGCUUCCAUAGAAUCUCAGGUAAAAUCCUGGUAAGGCAACAAUUGUGUGAUGAAUGACCAGGUGUCUGGGGGAGUGGUGAUGCAGAACACUCAUGCGUAAUUGAAAGUUCUGCCUGGCCUGAAUUCCUUUACUGAAACCUAAAAUGGCUUCUUCAUAAAAUCUGCUACACAUUGGCAAUGAAAAAGCUAAAUCUUAUUUGAAUGCUUCCAGGUGAUUAACGUGACUUGGUGCAGCAUUUAGAGAACAGUGCCCUUAUACAGAGGGUAUUGAACAAGACUGGCACUUUCAAGCCUCUAUGCAAAAAUAUUUAGAUUAAUUGGUGCAUGAAACACGGGUCAACGUUUUGUCUGGCCUGUGCAGCCUUUACCCACUAGACUAUUAUGUUGCUAGUGUGUAAUGUGCUGUGCGUUAACAUUAUUUUUUAUGUAUGAGCCUUCCAGUAUUUAACAUAGAUAAAAUUGAGGUGUGCUCGAGACAUUAUGUCAAGGCCAGCAAAUGCUCCUAAGUAGCAAGGUUUUUGCUUUUGUUGUCCACUUUUUCUUCUGUUUGAUAGUUGUGAAAGCCUGUUUGAAGCAAAAAAAAAUAAUGUAUAGAAAAUGUCUCUGGGCUUUGAAAUAUGUUGAACCUGAUUUGCUUGGUAUGGUAUAGAUUGCCCCCUCCUCCACCGCUUCUCUCACCGUUCCAGACAGAUGAGUGGAGGUUAUGGGGGUCAAAUUAAAUACACAUUAAUAAAUGACCAUCAGGAUGGAGGAGAAGGUGGGGCUAUGUUAAUUCACACCACCCCAUGGCAUGCUUGUCUAGUCUAACUAAAUGCCAUGGGAGAGUGGGGGUGCUUUAUCAAAAUGAUCUGAAAACUGAAUUUUAAAUUUUUUUGGGGGGGGUUAUCUGUUGGUGUUAAAAUUCUAAAGUGGUCUAAAAGUAACGUCUUGUGAAAUUCUGCCAUUGUUAUGGGCUACUAUUCUGACAUUUGUGAUUCCUUUGUUAUGUAUUUUGUUUAUUUUGUCAUUAUUUGUUCACUGUGCUGUCUAUGGCCUAAUUGUCUUGUCCGUAUUGGUUAUAUUGUGUCUUUAAAUAAAAUGUAAACAAAUGGCCACUUAAAAAUGGACACUUCUAACUCUAUUCUAUGUAAAAUCUAUCCAGAUAUAAUCAGAACAUUUGUGAAAGAUUGGAGGUUAAGCACAGAAUGCGCCCAGUUAAUUUUGUGUGAUUAUUCAGCACUACAUGUAGGUAUGCUGGUUUACAAAACAAAUUCCAAAAGUUAUAGUAUUAACCUCUUAAAAUGAACUGCCCAAAAUGCAUUGAUCUAAAAAAAAUAAAAUACUGCAAAUGUUUGGUAAUUUCCAGAUUAUUUUCAUGAUGACACAGAUGAACUUCAUAGUAGCCCUAUAAUAUCCCUGACUAGUUUGAAUUGGAGCUAAUGCUUUUUAAUUUUCACCGUCCUAAUCUAGUAUUUAAAAGUUUUAAUGUCACUUGCGUUAAAAAGGAUUUUAUUUAUUUUUAGUCCGCUCUUGAAUUUAUCUAAUAUUUAGUCAUUGAUCAUCCCAGAGUAUACAAUUUUUGGUCAGCGUAUUUGAGCUUAUAUUUUAAAUGAGUAAUGUUUUGUUUUGUGAAAUAUACAUUUUAGUGUUUCUUUUCCUUGGGGGAAAAAAUCCUAAACUCUGAUUGCUGAAAGAUUUGUUUAUUGUUUAGUAUAACCCACUCAGUUUUUCCGAAGGCCAGCUAAACUUCGUCAGAUGGCACUGUUAUUCCUAUGAUUCCCACACUUUUUAGGUUUGUUGACGGAAUGCAUGCAGCAUGAGUUCCCAGAGGAUAUCGUCCUUACCAAUGCCGUUGGAAUCUUAAAGCAUAAAGUAAAACGGGAUGGUUGUUUCCUAUAAAACACAUUUUUCACAUCUGAUGAAGCAUGUGCUGUCAGUCAUCUUGUAUCUGAGAAACACUGCUUUAGGGGUUCCUAGGGCCUAUAAAAACCAUAGCUAUAGAUAUAACGGUCAUCUUGAUUAUUGAUGGCUAGAUUGGGCAGAACUAUAUAGCAGCCUCUUUCAAGACCACAGAAAGGGAAACUGUCUAAGGAAAUGAGAGAAGAUUUGAGAAUAAUAAGAAAAAAAAUGUAUUCUCUCUCGCUCGCAGACUCUCUCGCUCGUAGGCUCUCGCAGGCUCUCGGGCGGGCAGGCGCGCUCUCUCGCAGGCUCUUGGGCGGGCAGGCGCGCGCGCACACUCUGUGUUUUUUUUUUUAUAAUUGAGAAAGUUGUUUUGGGGGUGGGAAGUGGUGCAACCUAUAUAAAUGUAGACAGGGAUACUAUAACGUUGGGAAUAUUUUUUUUUGGACACCUGGUGACACAAAUACCGCUUAAUCUCCAGCCUACCUGAUGAGGUUAAUACACAAAACUAAUUUAAAUGGACACUAUAGGCACCCAGUCCAGUACUAUUAAUUGGAUCCAUCGCCCCAAGGCGCUGAUCCUUAUAAUGCCUUUAAAGUGAGAGUGGCACUCAUUGCACUCUGACAAUGUUAGUUUGACUAAAAGUGAUUGUCCUGAAUAAAACCAUAUGGAUGCUCUGCAUUCUAAGGACAUUUAAAGCAAAACAUUUUCAAUAAGUAUUUUAAAACUGUUUUAGUAUUUCUUUUAUAUUGGUUUGCGUACCAACUUGUGGGUUUUACCCAGACCAUCUGAUCUGGGUGCAGUUUCCUUGUUGCCUUAACACAGCAGAUGAAAACAUUGUCUUGGAGAAACUGCAAUGUUUUCUGUGCAGGUUUAAGACUGCCUCUAGUGGCUGUCUACCAGACAGUCACUAGAGGCGCUUACUACAGUUUCACAGGGCUAAACUUUGCAUGAGAAUGUCUAGCAUCUUGCAAAUCUCCAUACGAAAGCGGUGGUUCAAUGCCUUCCUAUAGGGAAGGCCUAAUGUGCUUGCUGACGUAGUAGAAAACAGUCAGUGCUGAGGGACCUCUGCCCUGGAAUAGGGUAAGUGUGGGGGAGGGGGAAAAGGGUCUAUUUAUCACUUCACUUGCCAAUGGCACACUGUAGUGUUCCAGCUUUGUAUUCCUAUUAUGUUCCUUAAACUGUGAACUCCCUUCCCUUCUCCGUUACUUUCACCCAGUCUCCACUCCUUCACAUUUCUUCAGGAAAGCAUAGGGUUUUUAUCUCCCCCUCUGUUUCCUACCUCCCCCCCAUGAGUUCUCUCCUGCAACUGUCAAAAAUAACCAUCUAAGUUCUCAGUGAUUACUUUUCUACAAACCUAUUUCAUUACCCCUACUUGUACCCCUUGUGUCAUUAUACCCCACUCUCUCUAGCAUGUAAGGCCCUCAACCCCUCUGUUCGUGUGCGUCCAUUUGUCUGGUUACAAUUGUCUGUCCACCCAGCGCUACAGAGUUUGCUGGCGCUAUAUAAAUAAUAAAAUAAUAUGGCCUCAUGAAGCAAGAUUUCAAAAGGAGUAUUCAUAGAACCAGGUUUAGCCCAAAGAGUUCAUGCUGUUUGUGAGGUUACAAGUUGGCCCUUUCUGGUAGUUAAUGUUUGAGUGCAUCUUGCGUCUUCAAGCUUGGAUAUAUGGAUACGUCUAUAGAUUAGUAGUAUAACACUUGAUUUCAAACCUGCUGAUUACCCUGUUCAAACUAAUCCAAACUUAGAAUCAUAUUUUAAAAUGACAGUCUAAGCCCCAUAACCAAUACAUACUGCUGCUUGCAGCUGUGGACCUAGAACAGAGAUGGCACCUGCAUCCUUCUCACACCAUAAACGCUAAAACUAAAUGUAGUGCUGACGGUUUCCCUCUAAGCACAAACCAUGUAAUUACCUUGUUAGUACUUUGUUAAUUAUUUUGAGAAAGUUAAUUGUGUGUUUUUGUUUAUUUAUUUUUGUGGUCUGUUUUGCGUAUGUGUUUUUGGUUGGUUAUUUUUACACAAGAAUGAGAUUUGUAUGGUGUAGUCUUUUCUGGAUCCUUAUGCCAUCUCCCGUGAGCUUCCAAUAGAAAAAGGUUUUGUUUCUUUUCUGUAUGCAUUUUGCUGGCAGGACCAGCAUGUAUGUGAAGUUCAGUGGAUAUAGUAACACCAGCCCUAUUUAAUAGGAUUACAAUAGGGCUGACGCACUCAUUGUCCCAUUUCAAAAGCAGGUAUGUGUCUAAGAUUUCAGGUUAACACAAACCACAAAACGAAACCCCACCCGUAAUUUUGAAUCCCCGUAAAUAAUCUUUGGAGGUGUGACAUUCCCACGGCUCCCCACCCUAAAACAAAACAGAAAACCCUACAACGUGAAGGCCCCAUUAACCCUGUCCCAGCACAGCUUAGUGUUUUUUUUUUUUUGUUUUGUUUUUUUUGUUUAUCCUCCUCCUUUCACAAGGUCAGAUCUAUUGUAUUUUCUGAUUAUUAUUGUUUUAUUUUUUUUAUAUAAAGUGUGUGUAUAAGUAAAAAAACUUGAUUUGUAUGAAAUUUUUAAUUAUUUGCCAGUAAGUCACUCUUGCUAAAUGUGUAUCACUAUUUGCAACACUGCUUACCAUUAUUAGUGACAUGUUUUAUUAAAAUAGCUGUAAUUUUUUCCCCUCUAUCCUUUAAAUUUUUACUUCAAUAAUUUCUUGAUGCCUCUUGUAUCUAUCUACUUCUAACUACAUGUUUAUGUACAUGCAUAAUCCAGGCACCAUGACCACUUCAAUCACUAAAGUAGUCAUGAUUUUUGGGUAACCUUUUAAGCUCUACCAAUUGCCUAUGGUCACAUAUAAAGUGAAACCAAAGAUGAUUUUAAAAAAACAAAAAACUUAAAUACAAAGGUCAAAUAAAAAGUAAUUUAAAAAAUACUGUUUGUAAAGGUUUCACCCUCUAAGUGUUAGAGCAGAGCAUAACACAUUGCUUUUCUCUGGAUUUGAUUUGAGGAUCAAAUACUCACACUCAAAAUAACUUUCCUGCUACUUUGAAGCCUGGUUUAUAUAUUGUUCUAGCCAAAUUUCUACAAAAUGUAAAUAUUAAAGUCAUAUUUCAUAUUAAUUUUGAUGGUAUGCAAUCCACCUACAGUUUUGUUAAUGUAUUCUCUCCUGCCCUAGCCACUGUACAGAUGUGUACUUGCCUGUUUUGCUCUGGUUACAUUGGUUAGGAGGUAUUUUGCGGUCUACACGAAUGGAUCCUGUAAAGUGACAAUAUAAAGUGCCAAGUACAUACAUCUGGAUGAAUCAUGCGCGCCUAAAUCAUCCCCUAUUCGAAGUCAACAUCUUAUACCCUCCUGCUAUACCCAUCCUUGUUGUCGCUGGACCGUUUUCAAGACAUUAGAAGUAAAACCACAUUCUAUAUGGCCAUAAUCCUGCCACAUUUCUUUAACUUUUAAUUAUGCAUUUAACUUUGUGUCACUGAGCAAAUCUGCUAAGUAUCACUCUGAAGAGAGAAAAAAGAUUGCCCCUCCUCCUUGAAGGCAAAUGCUGGCCAAACUCUGCGUUUAAGGCACAUUUCCAUUAAUCAGUUGGAAAGUCAAUUCCUUUCCUUCAGGUGUGGACAAGUUGAAUUUGAUAUUUUGUCCCAUUUUUGGAAAGAUGUCUUGUAAUACCAGCUUAUUUCAGCCACCUAUACCUAUUGUCGAAACAAGGCUUUGUGUAUGAUCUUUGCCCCUAGCGAUCGCUGUAGAAAAGGAAUGUAUAUUUAAUUGCUGGCCAACUCGUAUGAUGCGGUAACUGUGGACGCACCAUUGCAAAGUUCAAUGAACAGUGAGGGGGAAAAAACACAAAUUUAUUCAGUAAACCAGGAUUUAUAAAAACUGGGCAAAGGAAUUGCACUAAUAAUUAGAAUUGGCCAAGCUAGAAAUGAAGCAGAGUACUUGUCCCCCAGUUUUGGCUUUUAUAGCUUGAAAUUGGUAAUACCCUUGGAAUUCUCCUAUAAUCCUCAUUUUUGUAAAGAAAUUGCCUUAUGAAAAAUAUGUAGCGUUUAUAACAUAUCUUUAAAAAAAAAAAAAAAAAAAAGGAAAUAUCAUGUAAAUGUUCAGGAUGGAGAAACAUUGUGAUUGAUAUAGAUAUAGUUGGGCAAUGCGUUCUGUAUUGUCCUAAUCUAUGUAUUCGAAAAUCUGCUUGAUCUUUUUACCUCCUGUCUGAGUUUCUGCAUGCCAUUGUUACAGGUUCCAGAGCACACAAGACUCUGCAGAGAAGACUGAGCUCUUCAUUGUGCAUUUUUCAGCAUUGCUAAACAGCCAUUGUCUCUUUUGUGAUCUUAUCACUGUGACAAAGGUCUUUUAGCAUAAUUGUCACAUGUCUUCUAGGCUAAAGCAACUUAUUCAAGAAACGCAUCCUAAGUAGCCUUCACUCCCACAAAGUAUCUGUAAAUCAGUGGCAUGCCAUAUGUUUUUACUAACCUGAAUUUAUUUGGCAUUGUCGGUCAUAAAACUAUUUUAAAGCAUUUUUAGAAAUUUUACCCUGCAAAUCAGGCAUGCAAACAUUUUCCCUCCAUUUUCACCGAUUUCCCUCCGAAACUCAAAUGUUUUUUUGUUUAGUUUGGGUUGUUUUUUGUUUUUUUGAGGGGGAGGGGACGGGGGACGGGGGGGGGAGCUGCUUUUGUUUACUUUUAUGUACAAGUUGUCUACGUAUAAAUACUAACUAGAAAGAGAGAAACACGUAAUGAUUAAUAGUGAAGGGGGAGAGGCUGACAAAUCUUGUAGAUAGUCAGUACUUCUAUGCAAAAUCUUUAUUGAUGAUCUUUGUACAUCUCUGCGGAGUAUCUAUAAAUAAUCUUGACAAUCCAUCUCCAUAUAAACGUCUAUCGUGUCAUUUUUAUUUAUUUGUUUUUAAACCUGAUUCUAUGUGUGUAUUGCCUUUAGCAGAGUUUGACAAUAACUCAGAGGGUAUGCUACUAUGCUAUAAGUCAAUGUCCUCCAUGUUGGUUAUACUCCUGUACCAACAACACACUUCAUAUGAUUGAGGUUAUCAUAUAUUGUAUAAUCUGCAUGUUCAGAUGGAUGAAUGGCUCACUGCUUGCAUUUUACAGUUGCAGAAUGCAUCAUGAAGCUAGUGCUGUAUACAAAAUUUGGGUUCUUGAAAAGAAGGAAAAAAAUGGAAUGCAUCUUAUUCACAGACUGAUUUCUGGCCAGUUUUAUUGUAGGUUAGACACAUUGUUGUGAGUGUUAUUGCUGUGGAACUCUGUUAUACACUCACAUCAGAAGCUCCUAGAAAAAGUAGAAUAGAAAAGACGGGUAGGAGGGGUUUAUGCUCAAAAUAGGGACUGUCCCUCCUAAAUAGGAACUCUUGGAAAAUAUGUAAUUAGAUGCAUAAUAAGAGGAUUUGUAGAAAUGCUAUAGUUUUUUUUUUUAAAACAAAAUGCUAAACUGGUACUUUGGGAACCUGAUUCUCAAGACCCUUAUGAUUUUAUUUAACCUAAUAGGUUAGACUGGGGAUUUAUGAGCAGUGGUAGACAGAUGUUUGUAGAAGACAACCCAUAUUGGGGAGGGGUGGGGGCAGGGGGAGCCUGGGAAAGGUUAUUCCAUUACAGACCCAUAUAAAAUAAAAAACUCUAGCUGUAAAACUGUGCUGUUACUAUUUAGUGGUUUUUGUUUUUGUUUUUCAGAGUUUUAAGCAAUGUAUGAAGUAAAUUGUAAAGUGUUCAUUGCCAAUCACGUAUUAGGACUUGCUUAAUAUGAAAGGUUGUAUCUAGCAAUGGUCAUGAGGUUUAAUAAAUGGCAAUGGCAACUUCUGCGAUUCCUGUUGCGAAGUUUGUCUAGUAGGCUUUGUUAAUGAAUCUGGAUAAACCCUAAAUUAUUUAGGGGAUUAUGCACUAAAUCUUGAUUUGACAGCUAAAUUGCAGAAUACAAGCCUCAGAAGCAAAUAAAAAAUAUAUAUGAAAUAGUUGCAUCAGAGGUGGUAGAUAAUAGUUUGUGAUACACUUGACUCAAACAAGUAUUCCUAACAUUAGCAUAUCCUUACUAUUUAGAUUAGAGGGCCCCCACAACUUAAAGGGACACUUGAGUCACCAGAACAACGACAACUUAAUGUAGUUGUUCUGGUGAGUACAGCAUAUCCCUACAGGCUUUUCAGACGUUAAACACUCCCCAUAGAGAUGCAUUGAUUCAAUGCAUCUCUUUGAGGAAAUGCUGAUUGGCUGGGCGAGGUUUGGCCUUGCCCACUACCACACCUCCUUGGCUGAGAUUAUUAGAAUUGGCAAUCUCAACCAAUACAAUUCUUUCCUAUGGGAAAGCAUUGUGAUUGGCUGAGAUAAUCAAUUGUAUUGUCGGUCGAGGAAGCAGAUCAGGUGCGGGGCCAGCACCGGCAGACCCGCACAAUGCUGGUAAUAAGGUAAGUUUUCUUAUUGAAGGGAGCACCUUUGUGUUCCUGAUCCUAUAGUGUUCCUUUAAAUUAAAACCUCAUCCAGCAGGCAUUGUUUAUUUGUACAUUCCAAUGCUUUUCAUAGAGAAGUGGAUGCGCAGUGAGCGCCAUGCGUAUCCACGCAAAUGCUUCCAACGUUCCAAAAAGGUGUCAAACGGUUAUCAGUGGGAAGGGGCUUCUAGUGUCUGACAGGGCUAAGACGCCAUGGGAUCUGCAUCCAUACCACUUCAUUAAGAAGUGGUCUUGAUGCCUUUUUUAAUGUCCAUUUUAAUUGAGGGAGAGGGGGUUAAGGGAGGGGGCAGAUUUCAUAUAGGCCAAUUAACUUACCAGUGAGUUAACAACCAAAUUGUCCAGCAUAAUAUCAGCCAUGUAGACAAAUGGUUGGCAAUUUACACUGGUGGCUGGAAGUGGACAUCUCAUUCAGCUUCAGAAAUAGACCAACAUUUUCUGACUAGAUUGGUGCAGUGACAUAUGGGGUAAAACUCUCAUAAAAUGCCUUUAAACAAAAGGGCCUAGCCGGUUAGUCUUCACAGUUCACUUUCAAGUGUGGAGGUUUCUUGCCAGGAUAUAAAAUCGGAUGGUGUUUUAAAGAGUUCACACUUUGCUUCUUCAGCGUAUUAUUAAAAGGGAUAUGCAAACGUUCAUUUUUGAGGAGAGGAGGUUCACCCCCUUUCACAAGAGGCCUGGCUGUAUACAUUGCCUCAAUAGUUUGGGUUCUGAGACUGCAGUAUGAGGCCCAUUGUGACCCUGUGUAACAGCAAAACCUCUUCAUCAAACGGACUCCCACAUCUCGUUACAAAGACCUGGUUUUUUUGUUUUUAUUAUAUAUUUUUUUUUCUUGACUAUUAAAGUUGUUUGCAGCUGUGCCUCGCCAGGGGCUCAUACAAGGGUUGCUGUUAUCAAAGCUGGCAUUAAACAAAGGAGUGGGGGUUGCCCCAAUUUCUGAAUUUUAAGUUGAAAUAUCAGUUGGCAAAGAAGAAAACCACUCGUUUAACCUGUUGUGUACUAGUAGUAGUAUUAGGAGUUGUGGCAAGAAGUGUUUUUUCUGCCGCUUAUGUUUAAAUUGCAAAGGAGAGUUAAAAAAAUUAUUAUUCAGUUAUCCAACUGCUUUAUCUGCAACUUGAUAUUGCUAAAUAUAUUUCAACGCUUUAUCUCAGCCAGGUAUUGAUUGUACAGUGUAUGAAAUCUAACACUAUCCUACCACAUAGUUUCUCAGUCUGUCCCUGGAAUGCCAUGCAUCAUCUGUGUAUUUUUAAUGUUUUGGUGAUUCUAGCUAGCUCACUGUUCCAUGUCCGAACUACUUCUGUAAUAUCAUCUGUCCAGUGAUAUGUUGCAUCCAAGGACUUGGGUUCCUCAGUUGAACCCCUUCACAUCAAAGGAUUGGCACAUCCUAUUAAGUCAUGAAAGUGUUAACAUACCAACAAGGUAUCUAUUACAUUGAACAAAAGUCAUAAAUGGCUGUAAAAUUUUAACCCUUUGAAUAUGCGGACCAACUUAUCAUUGGAUGUACCAUUACUUUAACCCCUUAAGGACACUACAUGUCAUGAUUCCCUUUUAUUCCAGAAGUUUGGUCCUUAAGGGGUUAAAGCUUUCUCACAUAUCCUGUAUCACUUACAGGGUAAUAUGCUUUGUCCUGCUCUACGUGAAGUGGUCUCUUGUUGUAUCCAUUGCUAUUCUAUUGAAACCUGACAUGCCUGUCCCAACUUUUUUGCUUUCUGUGCUAGAUUUUGGUAGAAUUUCUUUUUUUUAACAUUAUAUCUUUUGUAAUUACAGGAUUUCAGUGUUUGGAUUCCUACAGACCGUGUCAAAAUGGAGCCAGAUGUACAAUGUAUUCAAAUGGAGAGGCUGUCUGCUUGUAAGUAAAAAUGUGUUUGCAUUUAUCAGUUUGCCUGUGGUAUCUAGGAACCAGGUAAAAAAAGUUAAAGGACCACUAUAGUGCCAGGAAAACAUACUCGUUUUCCUGGCACUAUAGUGCCCUGAGGGUGCCCCCACCCUCAGGGUCCCCCUCCCGCCAGGCUGGAUGGCAAGGAAAGGGGUUAAACUUACCUUUAUUGCAGCGCCGGGCGGGGAGCUCUGAUCCUCCUCUUCGGCUGAAUGCGCAUGCGCGGCAGGAGCUGCACGCGCAUUCAGCUGGUCUCAUAGGAAAGCAUUUACAAUGCUUUCCUAUGGACGCUUGCGUCUUCUUACUGUGAUUUUCACAGUGAGGAGCACGCAAGCGCCUCUAGCGGCUCUCAAUGAGACAGCCACUAGAGGAUUUAGAGGCUGGAUUAACCCAUUUAUAAACAUAGCAGUUUCUCUGAAAUUAUGCUUAUUAAAAAAAGGGUUAAUCCUAGAGGGACCUGGCACCCAGACCUUCUGCUAGCAUUUCCUGCUGCUCUAUUACAUUGUCUGCUUACCUUUCAGUCAUCAGAAACACACAGCACAGUAUGCAUAUUGUACUGCAUAUAUAGAUAGGGUUCAUGCUCUUGCUGCUUUUGUGUGUGCUUCAGUAUUGUGUAGCUGGUGUUGCUGCCCAUAUGUAUAUGGUGUGGCUGUGUUGCUGCCUAGGUAUUCAUGCUGUAUGUUCUGUAGCCUGUACUGUGUGAAGCGGAUGCUGGUAUUGCUGCUCUCUGUUCUGUACCUGCAUGUUUGUAGGAUACUCUGCAACCCCUGGGGCAUGCACGGCUGGGGGGAGAACAGGUUGUUGUCUUUGGGUGUGUGGCGGUAGCGAGACGCUGACAGUAGGGAGUGUCUGACAGGUGCAGUGAGGAGGAGCUGGAGCUGAAAUAUCAGACCUACAUAAUAUUAAGUGACUUUGAAGUGUAGGAAUUUAAUACAUAUAGCUUGCAUAAGGUUUCUAACACAGAAUGUAUAGGGGUAGAAAUGGUAUGGCUCACUAAAGACUUUGUAUAUUUUAGUUUUUGUUCAUUACUCUAGCACAAACCACCUCUAGGAUUCCAGGUUGUUGCCAAAUUCUUUCUUGAUUUUCUGCCAGGCUUCUAGCACAUCUUCUUCCAGUAUGUACUCCACACUAACACCAUCUGAAACAGCAGAGGUGGCAUACACAUAGACUAGGAAAACAAAAGCAUGUAUAUAUUCAGGUUAUAAAUAGACUAGGGAAGGCAUGGCUAGUGUUGCCGUUUUGGUAAUAGACCUAUUAUACUCCUACACCUUGUGAGUAAACGGACCCGAUCAGGUUCAAAACAUCUUCUGUAACCUCCUUCACCCCUGGUUCGUCAUCUGUGUUUCAGUUUAUUUACUACUUAUCUGAGAAAACUGAUUCGACCAUGCAAAGUCAGAUUUCCCGUAGAAUAUAAAGGUGCACUGUUAUAUUAAUCAACAUACACAACACGAGUAAUGUGACUGCAUACCUAUGUGUAAGGCAAAAAAGCUUUAUAAGGCUGUCCACGUGGAGUAUGUUUGUUUUUGUAUAUGUAUCUGUACUAACUUGUUUUAGAUGUGCUGGUAUGUGAGAAUGGGUUUAACCUUAUGUGCCAGAAGCAUUUGUGGCAGCGACCUAUUGAUUUCUGUCCACACAUGGAUCCUAAGUUGAUACUCCUUUUAUUAAAGCUGCUUUUUCCUAUGGGCAAUAAAACAAUUGGUAUAGUACAGGGAUAGGCAACCUUCAGCACUCCAGAUGUUGUGGACUACACCCCCCAUAAUGCUCGUACACCCAUAAUGCUGGUAAAGAAUCAUAGGAGGUGUAGUCCAAAACAUCUGGAGUGCCGAAUGUUGCCUAUGCCUGGCAUAGAACCUUCAAAGGAGACACCGCCACAAUUUGGGUGAAACACAAGUCAUUGAGCUUCCAUACUUUGGUUUAGUUACUUUAUUAAUAGUCUAUUGGACCUGUAAUUUUCAGAGUAUAAGGAGGGGUUAUCUGCAGCUCCUGUUACUUUUGACGAAUCCAAAUAAUGCUAGUAUUUGUUAUAAAAUGACCGCUUGAGGUGGUAUAUAGAUAAAUACUCCCUCUAGUGAUUUCAUGUAAAUCCAUUUAGGUUGUAAGCCCUUGGAUAGAGGGUGUCCCUGCUCUUGUCUCAGCAUAUCCGUGAUCUGUUCUACUAUGCUUUAGACUGUUGCUUUAUGAAUGCACACAAAUCUUUAAGAACCCGUAUCCCUUGCCGUGGGAAUUGGCGUCACCCAAGACUUGUCUAACGGGUCGGUUUAGUGGCUUAGGGUGUGGAUAAUAAUGUGUGUGCAAAUGGGCGGAGUGGUGUAUACCAGCCAGCACAGGUAAAGGCAUCUUGUAUGUCUGACUAAUUGGAAUACUUGUGCCCUGUGGAGCUUGUCCCUCCCCUGCCAGGGUGAUACAGGAGUGAGUGGGAUCAAAUGGCCUGUUUUCUUCAGAGUUUACAAAGGAAAACCUCAAGAUCUUACAGGGGAACAAAUAAUUGAAGGGUUUUUCUUUUUUUUAUCCUCCUGGCUUUAUAAUCCUGUUUACCUAUUUAACACAAUCAUAAAGAAAAACUUUUUAAAGUGCACCUGUCAUGUAAAAAUUAUACAGGUUCAUUUUAAAGUGCAGAUCAAUUUAUACUCUCUGCUAGCCAAAUUACUGUCAAUUAUAAAGAUGAAAUGAUUUGUAUAUGCAAUUCUCUGUUCACAUCUGCAUUCGUACACCACAUAAUUUUCUCAUCCAGUGUAUAGUAGCAAUACUGUACAUUAAAGUGACACUUUAGACCAGGGGUUGACAUAUUUGCUUUGAAUCUAGAAGCCAGCUUUAAAAACUAAGCUUUAUUUUCAAUGACAAAAAUAUUUUUUUUUUUAAAGGGACACUAGUCACCAGAACCACUAAAGCUUAAUGUAGUGGUUCUGGUGUCUAUAGACUAUCUCUGCUGGGUUUCUCUGUGUAAACAAUGCCUUUUCACAAAAAAGGCAGCGUUUGCAUUGCUGCCUGGUAACACCUCUAGUGGCAGUCACUGAAACAGCCACUAAAGGUGCUUUCUAGUCCUGUACUGCACCAUGUACAGCACCUACGUUCAGCAUGACACUGUUUCCCAUAGAGAUGCAUUGAUUCAAUGAAUCUCUGUGAAGAACUGCAUGUUUCCACACAUGCGGGAAGCUUUGGUUUGAUUGAGAUGAAGUUUAAUGAUCUCAUCUGGGGGGGUAGAGGAAGCCAGCCGUGCCGGACCCUCCUGACGCUUGAGGGGGGAAAAAGUGAGCAACUUAACUUUUAAGCUUGUGAUAGGGUUGAGGGCAGCAAUCUUAGAGCUAUAGUGUCAGAAAUACAUGUUUGUAUUCCUGAUAUUAUAGUGUUCCUAUAAUGCCCAUAGCAAGUUCUGUGAUUCCUGCUGUUAAAGUUGAAAGGCCUGUAAGCUUUGUUAAUGAAUCUGGAUCCACUAAUCUUUGAUUUGACCGCUAAAUUGCAGUAACUCUUUUCACUAGCCAAAUGAGAUGAAGUAGUUUGGGUACCUAUAUUGUCACUUUAAUUCCUACAUGACAGGUAAUUGAUCAGGGAGACUGCAUGAUUUAUACACAAAAACUCAUUGAGGUAAAGUUGUUUUUUGUGACUGUAGUACCCAUUCAACUAGAAGUUUUUAUCUCCUGCGCUGUAAAUUUAACUGGCUUCUGCCAGUUCUCAACAUCUAACAAAUUCUAAAUCAAACAUAAUGUGAAAUGCAUUAAGUUUAAAAACUAGAUGUCUCUUUACAUCAAGUGUUUAGGAAGGUGGUGCAAGUCACAUGCAGAUAGGUAUUGCUAGUGACUUAAAUCCCAAAUGACAAAGAAUUGUGCAGUGAGACUGCAUAGGCAUGAUUACACCAAACCCCUUCAUUAACAGACCACUAUAGUGCCAGGAAAACAAACAUACUCGUUUUCCUGGCACUAUAGUGCCCUGAGGGUGCUCCCACCCUCAGGGUCCCACUCCCGCCGGGCUGAAGGGGGAAAAAGGGGGUUAAACACUCACCUUUCUCCAGCACCAGGCUCCCUCUGCGCUGUGGACUCCUCCCUCUUCUGACGUCAUCGGCUGAAUGCGCAUGCGCGGCAAGAGCCGCGCGCGUAUUCAGCCAGUCCAUAGGAAAGCAUUCUCAAUGCUUUCCUAUGGACGCUGGAGUCUUCUCACAAUGAAAAUAACAGUGAGAAGCGCGGAAUCGCCUCUAGCGGCUGUCAAUGAGACAGCCACUAGAGGCUGGAUUAUCCCAUAUGUAAACAUAGCAGUUUCUCUGAAACUGCUGUGUUUACAGCAGGCAGGGUUAAUCCUAGAGGGACCUGGCACCCAGACCACUUCACUUCAUUAAGUGAAGUGGUCUGGGUGCCUAUAGUGGUCCUUUAAGCGAAAAUUGUUUUGGUUAUUAUAGUGUCCUUUUUAACUUGAAUGUGUGGGGUUUUUUGGGAGGGUGAGUUAAAUAGAUGGGUGGGAGGGUUGUAGCCUCUUACUGAAUGUUCUGGGGAAAUAGCUUCUACCAACAGAAAAAAGUUAACUGUGUGCCAUCCUAAAUCCCUAUAAACGUAUAAAUAACAGGUUUGGCUUAAUUUAGUAUUUCUGUAUUUGCUUCUACCAACACCUGGCUAAGUUAUAAACAUUUUACUAUUAAGAGGUUGUUUCCAUAUCAAAUAUUGCCAAAUCAAAUAAGGUUUAACCCAUUAAGGUCCAAUAUUAAGUGAUUUCUUCUAAGAGAAAAUAUUGUAACCCACCCACAAUGGAAUCUCUAAAAUAUUUUGAAUGUUUUUCACAUAGUUUUUCUAAAGGCGUUCGUAUCGUAAACUCCUCCACGUUAAGAGCUUUUUUAAAAAAAAAUUUUUAAUUUUUUUUGGUGUACUAACUUAUCCGUUUUAUCCAAUGCCCAAUGCUAAUUAGAGAAGGUUAAAGUUGGUUAUAUAUAGCAAUUGUGAUAUAUUGGAUGUAAAUGUUUACUGCUUUGACCUAAAACUCAUUGGUUUUUGUUUUAUUGUAUUUCUUUUGUGGUGUAGCUUUAACACUUUUCUUUUUUAAACCAUCACUUGUGCAUCAGACAAGAGCAGAAGGUAAAGUUGAGGUUUACUAAGGAGUGAAACUCUGACAAGCUUUUCUGACCUCACAUGUCAAUCCGUCAUUAAACCAGUCUAGUUCUUGAUGUGCUUAUUUUGCUGAUUGAAAAAGAUAGAACUACAAAACACGAAUAAAGUGCACAGCCUUUUAAAACCCUGCAUCUCAUGAGAACUGCCAGUGUUUUGAAACAGGAAACUGCGCAAUAUUGGUAUAGGCUAUAAAUAAAGGUUAGAAGAAAGUCCCAUUUAAAGGGACAGCAUUAACACAAAUGACGAGGAAAUAUGUUGAUGUUCUGUAUAACUGGUCUAAAAAGUCUUGAACUAUCAAGUGUUCAUGUAGUCCUUAGUAAAGGUGACUACAUUUAAAGGGACACUAUAGGCACUCAUUGAAGUGGUCUGUGGGCCAUAUCUCUGUAGUUUUAACCCUGAAAACACUGCUGUUUGGCAGGAACAGCAGUGUUUACAUUGCAGGGUUAAAAUCCAUCUAGUGACUUUCACACUGACAGCUACUAGAGACCCCAGUGCUGAAAUAUCUCUAUUUCAAUCAGAUGGUGUCCGAGACCAUUUGAUUGGCGCAGCACUGCGUUUUGCCGUAUAUGCGUACUGGUCUCCAAAUGCUUUGCUUUUUUUUUUUUUUUUUUACCUGGGUCCAUGCUGGGCAUUGAGGGUUCUUCAAACUUUGGUGAUGUACAUCUGGCUUCUUUUGGGAGCAUCAUCUGUCUGCUCUCAGCCAAUGAAUGCAAUUCUGUGCCUAGAAACAUGCACAGAAUUGAUGACACUCCAGUGAUCGAGCUGGUGUUACUCCUGGUUAAACUCGUAUGUGCUGCAUUUCAAAGCAACACACUGCACAGCCUCACUUCAGUGAUGACUUCAAAUAAAUGAAGUGGUUAUGGUUGUUUUGAGUAACCCUUUAAGGUGCUUAGGUAGUCAGAUAUGCUUACAAAUCUUAACAUUUGUACAAUGGUUACACAUUCCGCAGUUCUAAAUUGAAUAACAAGCUUGGUGACCCAAGAAAAAUUAUACAGUAUGAAGUGAGGCCCAGCCUGUGAGCUACCUAUACAGAUUUUAUAUUCCUUUUUAGUGUACCUAAUGGCCAUAAAUGGAAGUGGUCAUGUCACGGGGUGGCAACUACUGGAAGGUUGUGGGUAUCAUUGUGAUAUUUAUAAUUUAUUGAAGCUCUGAAACAAUCUGUCACCAUGCACAUUACUGUAGGUUUCAUUGCUGCAAUCCAAACUCCUUAACCAUUUUUUAUCAGUGCAUAUGUGCUUCCUGUUUGUCAUCUGACUUCACGAACUACUACUCACUGAUUGGAAAUAAACUAAAUUAGUACAAGUGAGCAACAUUCUCCCAACUCCUCAAGGGAAUGCAUGUGUUUUUUUUUUUUUAAACUAAAAUGCUGUUAAGAAUAAAUUUACUCAUAUGUGAAAAAUCGCCAGGUGACCAGUAUUAGUCAAAAAUAUAAGGGCAAACUCAAGUGAGAGUGAUGUUGGGAAAUUGGCCCCUCAUGUCAUAACUUCUGCAAUUGCAUUGUAAAUUUUUUUUUUUUUUAUAUAAAACAAACGUUUAGAGCACUAAUUUAUACCAACCUAACCUUCUAUAAAUGAACCACAUUUACUUGAAUUGUAGUUGCAAGUUUUUGUUUUUCAAUAUUUUUUUCAUUCUGAGGCAAAUUUAUUUUUCAAUGACUGUGGUUUAAAGUGAUGGACAGCUUUUUAUUUCUUAUGAAGCCAUCAUAUUUCUCCUAGCCCUGUUAGUUUGUGAGCUAGGUUGUGUGGAGAAAUCUCCUGAUCUGUCAAAGCCUUUCAUGUAUGAUGCCAUGACUUGGGAGACCCACCCAGCGUCUGCAAACACAAGAUGGAUGGAAGCUGGAUAGCAAGGUUGUAAUAAAUCUUUCUGCUCAGUCCUUACUGAGCAAUGUUAUGGCUGCAGUGGUUAUUGCAAAUCAUAAGCCACUCUGUAGAAUGCCAUUGUCUUUGUUAGUUUACAGCGAUCAUAAGUUAUGUUGCUUAAAGAGAUCCUUUAAAUUGCUGAGGCCUUUCAUGUCUGUAUUCUUAAAAUGCAGCAGGGGUCUACUAGAUAUCCUUUUGUAUUUCAAUAUUUUUGGGUAACAAUUUAUAAAAAGCACAUAAAACCAGCUUCCUGUUGAUGGUUGCAUCUGGACUUUUCUGAGUAUAUAGGUGUUUGUUUAUUGACUGACUGUGCCACCUGAGUGUAAAUUAAUGACUUCAACAAGUAGCUGCGUUGCAAAAACUGGCUUCUGUAGCUUAGAGAAGACUAGAUGCAGUGCAAGCACCCAGCAGGACCCAUGGACGUAUUAAACUGAAACAUAAGGACCACAUUUGGGGAAUAAUCUAGUUCUCACAUUUUGGAACUCUGUCUUGUUUACUAUCAGCUCACGUUGAGCAAAACACAUAUACACACAGACCUACUAAUGGGUCCACACACACAUUGCAUGGUAGAGACAGACAGACAGACACUGCCGUGUAUGUGCACGGGCCACCAUAUAGGUGUGUGUGUGUGUGUGUGUGUGUGUGUGUAUAUGUGUGUGUAUAUAUAUAUAUAUAUAUAUAUGUAUAUAUGUAUAUAUGUAUAUAUGUAUAUAUAUAUGUGUGUAUAUAUAUAUGUGUGUGUAUAUAUAUAUAUAUAUAAUAUAAUUUUUUUUUUUAAACCACCAUCCUGGUUGCCUACUUUUUCUGAGGGAAUCCAGCUUCAAGCAUUGCAUGCUCUAUUCUUUCCUUCCCGCGCAGUUUUCUUAACGUCCUGGGAGGAGGUGAUGACCUCACUUCUCCUAUGACAGGCUUGCAGGAGGAGGAAGAGGGCAUUCAGCAACCCCUGUAGCGGGCCAGCACCAUGGGUUUUUCCCGGAGAGGGUCUAUCAAUGAAAGCUAUUUAUAUACUAUAGUGCAUUUAGACUGCCUGAGGGCCCCUUAACCCAGCCAGGCCCCUUAACCCAAGGGUCUUGGUUGUACCACCUGAUGACGGUCCUGCUGACUAGUGCUCAAUUGCACGACUCUUCCAAAUCAGCACUUCUUUAAAGGAACACCUAAAUUACUUUAGCUAAAUAAAGCAGUUUUAGUGUAUAGAUCAUUUCCCUGCAAUUUUACUGCCCAAUUCACUGUAAUUUAGGAGUUAAAUCACUUUUUCUGUUUAUGCAGCCCUAGCCACACCUUCCCUGGCUAUGACUGACAGAGCCUGCAUGAAAAAAAAAAACUGGUUUCACUUUCAAACAGAUGUAAUUUACCUUAAAUAAUUGUAUCUCAAUCUCUAAAUUGAACUUUAAUCACAUACAGGAGGCUCUUGCAGGGUCUAGCAAGCUAUUAGCAUAGCAGGGGAUAAAAUCUUAAUUAAACAGAACUUGCAAUAAAAGCCUAAAUAGGGCUCUCUUUACAGGAAGUGUUUAUAAAGGCUGUGCAAGUCACAUGCAGGGAGGUGUGACUAGGGUUCAUAAACAAAGGGAUUUAACUCCUAAAUGUCAGAGGAUCGAGCAGUGAGGCUGCAGGGGCAUGUUAUAUACACCAAAACUGCUUCAUUAAGCUAAAGUUGUUCAGGUGACUAUAGUGUCCCUUUAAUGUUUUACAUUACGUUUUUGUAUCACCACAAUUUGUUGCUAUGUAAAUAAGCCAUGUCAUAAAACAGUGCCUAUGGUAAAGGUACAUAUUUCUUUUGUUCCCACACUUUUUACAUGAGAUGUACGUAUCUAAUGUGUAGGAUAUUCAUUUGUAUCAUUUUUCUGUAAUGAUUGUUGCCAGUCAAACUCUCACGUUCCAGUGCUGGUCUGCAUUGUUGCCUUCUCUGAACCACAAAUUGUCUUCUGGGCAGUCAAGUUUGUUCCUCUGAAUACAUAUUUUUUAUUUUAUUUUUUUUCAUAUUAGUUUCCUUCCGGAUGCAUAUGGUCUUCUGGAAGGAGAGACAGAAGGGAUGAAACUAAAAUAUUUAUCCCCUUCGCGUAGAGUUCUGUUGAACUCCGGCUGUCUCACGAGGGGGGGCAGCAGAGGGGAUCGUGGGAAAUUGGGAGCAAGCAGGAACAUCUGGUUUUCAUCUGGACUGGUUUCUCCACCUGCCCUUGCCAGUCUGGAGUGUGUCAGCUGUACAUGUUGGUUCCUGUAGCUGUAAUCCCUCUCUGGUUCUGGAGAUCUAAUGCAUUUUGAAGCAUUUUCCCCUGCUCUUUGAAUUUUCCUGUUUUUCGGUCUUCUGAAUGUGUGUACUUCAUUUGGCAUAUUUUUUUAAUUACAGGUUUAUAUAAUGCACAUUAGCUGUUCUACAAGGGAAGUUUCCAGAAUGCAUAUCAUACCCUAAUCCAAAAUUAUUAACCUGCCUUUGAGCUUUCAGUUGAGACAGUGCUCUUAUCUCCAUUUUCUGUUCAUACAGAACAGUUCAUCUUAUUUGAGAUUAUCCUGUAUUCUGGGCAAGGCUGCAGUGUAUAACAAAUUGUUUAUUAAAAAUGAUUAGACAUUUACUGCAUGUACUUUAUCAGACACUGUUUCUUUAUUAACACGUUAGAAUAAUAGUGAUCAUGAGUGAGUUUAAUGGACUUUUGGUCUCUGGAGGGAAUCACACCAUGUGUUCCAAAGAUUUAGGAUGUUUGGUAUAUAAAAUCUUGUUAAGAAAAGUGGUAUAAAUAUAAAAUAAUUAAGGAUGCACACUCCAAUAAUCUAAAAUAUAACACUUUAUUAUAAAUCAAUAAAAAUAAGUACAAAGUAACAGAAAAUAUGACCAGGUACAAUGCAUCAAAGCCAAUAUAGCUAACAUAGAGAUCACCUAUUACAGAAGCCAAACACUACAGAGCACGAGUCAAAACCUCCCCCUAAAAAGUGGUCUAAAGCAUACCUCUCAACUCCUGUGCCCAGAGAAUUGGGACACCACUGGGUGUGGUAGUAAAGCCUGUGAUGCAGACCUGUCUCUGUCCAAAGGGGUAGGGUCCACCCACUUGCAUGCGAGUAUGGCUGCCAAUUAUGAAAGGUUAACCCACUGAGGAAAUACUCUGCAAGGAGCACUGUUUCAUGUAUUUGACCACCCAAUGGGUAUCAGUUAUUUGUUGAACAGGGGCGCCGCAGCCAUUUAAAAGUCUGACCCGGCCCUCGUAGUUUCGGCCUGCCAGGAGGAAGUGACAUCUGAUCAAUUCCUUCCAGCUUCAUACAGAACGCAGUGGGAGGGAGGAGGAGGCGGCAGAGUCACAUAGGCAGCGGGUUGGGGGGAGGGGGAGCUGCAGCAGACCCCACACUGUCUCCCCUCAACCUGCAGGACUCCAAGCAGCCACUCUCCUGGAAACAAAAGGUUUGUUAGCAGGAGGGUGACUGCAAAAAUAACAAUUGACGUGUCAUUGUGUCAGGAUGCACAUGGAUGCAAGUAUGUCAGUGUGUAUCUGGGAGUCAUUGUUUAUAUGAAUUUAUGUAUAUGUGUCAGUGUUUAUAUUUGUGUAUCUGUGUAAGUAUGUAUGUGCAUACAUCCAAACACACCCCUGCAUUAAAACUCCAAAAUGUAUAUACAAAUACACUCAUUCACUCAAAUACCAAUAAUACACAUAUUUAAAAGCCAACAUUACAUACAAAUACACCCUUGCAAUCAAACAUUACAUACAAACACAUCAGUGUAUCAAAACACUAAAAUUAUAUACAAACAUCCCUUCAAUCAAACACUACACACAAAAGCACACCUACCUUUAAAAGCCAACACUACGUACAAACACACCCCUGCAUUCAACCACUACGCACAAGUACACCACUGAAUUCUAAUGACAAUAGUACAUACAAAUACACCACUAUACUCUAGCAUGAAAGCUCAUUGAGCAGAGCCCCCAACCCCUUUGUUGCUGUGCGUCCAUUUGGCUGGUUACAAUUAUGUGUCUGUUAGUCCACCCAUUGUACAGCGCUGCGGAUUUUGCUGGCUCUGUAUAAAUAAUAAAAUAAUACACGUGCGCACACACAUACGAUAUACAAAAACAUUCUUACAUUUAAACGCACAAACACUGCUUGCAAAUACAACCCUGCAAGGAUGGGCAAAUAGUAGAUCCCCAGCUAAUAUAGCAUCUUUGGCGUUGUACAACAGAUCUACCUUUUUAUUCCACUCUUGCACUAGAGGGGGGCCAAAAAAUAUUCUUGUAACAGGUCCUUCUCUAAAUUAGUUCCAUCACUGGGACCAGACAAUUACUUUUUGCCAAAAUCUGGAUGGUUGGGGACAGUGGCGUACAUACCAGGGUCGCAGGGGUCGCGGCUGCAACCGGCCCGGCCCACCAGGGGGCCCGGCCGCCUCUGUGACCCGGUAUGUACCCACAGGGCCAGCCUCUUGACCUGGGGGCCAGGAGCCGACCACCCCAGGGACCCCCGAGGCUGGCCCUGCUGACACCAGGCGGGUGGCCGGUCGGGCGGGCAGGCGGGCACGCGAGGGAGCACUCAGUGCUUCCUCUUCAGCUCCCUCGCGCACCGCACUGAUACCGGAGCCGGAAGAUGACGUUAUCUUCCGGCUCCGGCAUCCCUACGCGGCGCGCGAGGGAGCUGAAGAGGAAGCACUGAGUGCUCCCUCGCGCGCCCGCCUGCCCGACCGGCCACCCGCCCGGUGUCAGCAGCACCACUGCACCCCAGGGAAUCCCCCCAGCACUCCAAAAGGUAAGGAGGCUGGGGGGAUUAAAUUUUAAAAAAACUAGUGUUGGUGUUUGAGUGUGUGAGUGUCUGCUAGUGAGUGUCAGUGAGUGUUACUGUGUGUCUUACUGAAUGUGUGUGUUAGUGAGUCUGUUUGAUGUCUGUUAGUGAGUGUGUGUUUGUCAAUGAGAGUGUAUGUUUUGUGAGUGUGUAUGUAUGUCUGUCGCUGACUGUCUGUCAGUAAAUGUGUCUGUGUCUGUUAGCUAGUGUGUAUGCGUCUGUAAGUGUGUGUGUCUUCAGCACUUACCUUUCUCCAGCGCCGGACUCCCUUGGCGCUGGGGAUCCCUCAGCCUCUCGGCUCCGAAUGCGACAGCGCACGCAUUCAGUGCUUUCCUAUGGACGUUCAGUGUGCUCCUCUAGCGGCUGUCAGUGAGAAAAGGGAAAAGGGGUAAAACUUACCAUUUUCCAGCGCUGGGCGGAGAGCUCUUCUCCUCCCCGUUGGCUGUAUGCGCACGCGCGGCAAGAGCUGCGCGCGCAUUCAGCCGGUCACAUAGGAAAGCAUUCAUAAUGCUUUCCUAUAGACGCUGGCGUGCUCUCACUGUGAAAAUCACAGUGAGAAGCACGCAAGCACCUCUAGCGGCUGUCAAUGAGACAGCCGCUAGAGGAAAUAGGGGAAGGCUUAACCCAUUCAUAAACAUAGCAGUCUUAUAAAAUAGUGAGUCGGACAGUCACCAUAAAAACAAGCGGGCACAUUGCAUUGAUGACAAAUUCACACGGUGAUCUGUGUUCACAAAGGCGCUUAAAACAAAUUAGAAAGUGCUCUUAGUGCAGCAGCUCUCACACAGAAAUAGGUACUCUUAAAACCUAUUACAAUACAAUCUAAAUAAAUACACUAUAUACACACAAGCAUGCAAUAGUGAAAAAGGUGUGUAGCGCAAUUUUCACUUACUCCCCAAUAUUACUUUAGGGUUUGUAAGGUGUCUGGGUAGUCCUUGUAGCAAUCACAAUAAGUUUCCUCAAAGAAAACAGAGAAUAAAACAGGGGAAAAUCGCCCUGGUGUUGAAAUCCUUAUGAUUAAAAUGACAAAUAUAAACAAAAAGGUGAAGGUUGCUUCUCACCUGGAACAGAGCCUGUAACCUGGCUCUGAGUAUGACAGCUUAUGAGUCCUAUUUAAGGGAUGACUCUUGCCCUCUUUUAGCAGGAUAGAAGAUGUCCCAAGUGUAUGUAUUAAAAAUUGAAUUUAUUGCAUAAACAUUAAAAACAUCAAUAAAAUUCAUACAUUACACUGGUAUCUUGUCCAAAACGCGUUUCACCGACCUCUCUCGGCUUUCUCAAUUGGUAACUACUAUCCUGCACAGUCCUGAUUAAAAUCCCCACCUCUCGUCCUGAUUGGAGGAAGGAGAUCGCUUUUCAGCCAAUCAUGAACGUUUUUACUUAGCAGCAGAAGAGCUGCAAUGUCAGAUACUUUGUCCCAUAUUAGUGACGUCAUCACGCUCGCACGUAUGAUCGCGCGCGUGACGUCACUUCCGGGAAUCUGAAAAGCCCCUAUUUCACAUUGUAUGUUAUCCUCCUCUCCAUGGCAUCCACACGUCCAUUUGUGUCGAGUGUAGAUGACAUCACUUUCGGAAUCCUCAAACCCAAUCAUGCACUAUAUUGUAUAGUGAUUGCUUCCUCUUGAAUGGCAAAUUCCAAAGUCUCUUCCUCUAAUUAGAGUUAAUAAUUCGAUCCAUCAGUCAAUUCAGCCAUUUUGUUAGAGGGCAUUGUACUGGCAACUCGAUGUCCAUAAGCAGUGUCCAUAUUUACUUAAGGCAAUAUACACAUAUAUAAACAGAAUAAAAAAAGAAUAAAAAAAGAGAAUAAAAAAAAAUAAGGAUAGUGCAGGAUAGUAGUUACCAAUUGAGAAAGCCGAGAGAGGUCGGUGAAACGCGUUUUGGACAAGAUACCAGUGUAAUGUAUGAAUUUUAUUGAUGUUUUUAAUGUUUAUGCAAUAAAUUCAAUUUUUAAUACAUACACUUGGGACAUCUUCUAUCCUGCUAAAAGAGGGCAAGAGUCAUCCCUUAAAUAGGACUCAUAAGCUGUCAUACUCAGAGCCAGGUUACAGGCUCUGUUCCAGGUGAGAAGCAACCUUCACCUUUUUGUUUAUAUUUGUCAUUUUAAUCAUAAGGAUUUCAACACCAGGGCGAUUUUCCCCUGUUUUAUUCUCUGUUUUCUUUGAGGAAACUUAUUGUGAUUGCUACAAGGACUACCCAGACACCUUACAAACCCUAAAGUAAUAUUGGGGAGUAAGUGAACAUUGCAUUGAUGACUCCGCUACUUUUUCAUUUUUACUUCGUGUUGUCAAACCACGGCUAUGACUGAUUUCAGUGCAUAGUGUUAAUUACUGCUUUCUGAUUAUAGAUGUUUACUGGACUUCAUAUGUUCUGGGAACCUAGGAUGAUCGUGGCUGCAUACUAGAACACUUAAAUAUAGUUUAGUAGAUAGGGCACAAAAGGAAGGUAACUCGUUAUUCAACAUUGUAUUUAAAAUUGUAAAUACCGACAAUACAGAGCGCGCAAAUCGGAGAGACGCUGAAAUGGAUGGAUGUUACCAAUCCAAUGUGAUCUGUACGGAUUACAGGAAGCUCGAGUACUGAUUCUCGUAUGAAAUGUUAAUCGUAUACAGGAGGGCACAAGGAAAUUUUACUUACUUUACCUCUAACUACUGUUUAAGGGACUUCUUCUAUAUUGGUAUGUCAUGCAAUAUAGUGCGAGCUGGGUAUAACUGAGUUUUUGCUCAUCUCAGAAACCUUUAACUGGUAAAUAUACUAUAUAAAAGGCUUUUUUUUACGUAAAUUUUGAGUGUUUGCAAUACCACUUGCUUCAAAAUUUUGAAAAGUGUUUUGAAGUAUAGUACUCUUGCCUUCCUUUUCUGCUCUUUGAGCUCUAUCUAUUUGAGGAAUAUUGAGGACAUCUCCUACGAAGAGUAGCAUUAGGAUUUAAGACGUGUGUGUGUGUGUGUGUGUGUGUAUAUGUAUGUGUUUAUCUGCCUUCUGCAUAUUUUUUUUAUAUCUACUUGAUCUAAUCCUGUGUUUGCAAAAUUGUAAUUUGAACUUGUUAUGGUGGAAACCUUAAUAAGAGGCUGCUUUUGUGUGUGUGUAUAUAGGACACAAUUUAUUUAUUGAUUCAUACCACAUACAGAGCGAGGUCCAUUCAAGAACCCCAUUAACUCAAGUCCUUGAACUUCUCUAUUAAAGGACCACUAUAGUGCAAGGAAAACACUCGUUUUCCUGGCACUAUAGUGCCCUGAGGGUCCACCCACCCUCAGAGUCCCCCUCUUGCCAGGCUCUGGGGAGAGGAAGGGGUUAAACUUACCUCUUUCUCCAGCGCCGGGCGGGGAGCUCUCCUCCCUCUUCUCCUCCUCUUCGGCUGCAUGCGCGGCAGGAGCCGUGCGCGCAUUCAGCCAGUCCAUAGGAAAGCAUUCACAAUGCUUUCCUAUGGACGCUGGCGUCUUCUCACUGAUUUUCACAGUGAGAAGCACGCAAGCACCUCUAGCAGCUGUCAAGAGACAGCCCCUAGAGGCUGGAUUAACCCAUUUAUAAACAUAGCAGUUUAUUUAAAAAAAAAAAAAAAAAAGGGGGGGGUGAGGGGGGGAGGCUUAACACUAGCUGGACCUGGCACCCAGACCACUUCCUUAAGCUGAAGUGGUCUGGGUGCCUAUAGUGGUCCUUUAAGUAUUCUAGAACCUAACAUUGGUAUCCCCAUCUGCCUCUUGUUUUCUGAAUCCUCAACAGAGCAAUCCUGCAGGUGGGAGUCUGGAUUGGAGGUGCUAGAGCGAGACAUUAACAGGUCAUCUGAGUGAAGAGGCUGUGCUGGUGCAUAUCUGCUAAUGAUGGAGACGUAAGGAGGAGCACAGUUAGAGAGCUUUAGUAAAUAAGCACAAAAAAUGUAGACUAAAUACACUCCAGCACAUGUCCUAAUUUUCUUUUAGAACAAUUAGAGGUAUCCUGUGUGUGAAACUCAGAGUGAGAAUUCUUAAAAUUUAAGGCCAGAGUAGCCAAAUUGAAAGCGAAGCUGACUUAGAGAAUUUUUCCAGUUAAGCUAUUUUGACCUUCAUUUCAAUCUUCAAGUUUACGUUGAAUUCUCACUUUAGUGAAUAACCCUGUAAGUCUCUUAGGCAUCAUAUUAAUGCAGCCUUCUCAAUGUUCGUGGCUAAAGGGAAUGUGCAAUCUUUGAGCCAAUAAUGGUUUACAAUGCUCUCUCGUUAACUUAUUCCAGCUGUUCCAUGUCUCAAUCUCCUUCACCCCCCAUCACUACCACCAGUCUCUGUUUCCUGUUUACUCAAUCAAGUCUUUUUUUUUACAUCUUCAUCUAUUCAUUUUUUCCUUGUGUUUAUUAUUCGGAUUUAUUUUUAAUUUUAUGCUUAUUUUAAUGAUUUCUUGCCUGAUUUGUCAUGUUUUCUUGGCACAUUAAUUACCUGGAUGCCUCUUGCCCUGUUUAACUGAAAAAUAUAAUAAUUGUGGCCUUAGAUGAAUUCUAUUUAAAGGAACACUAUAGGAUCAGGGACACAAACGUGGUCUCCAGAAAGACGCUCAGGGGUCAAAUCAUUGGUCGUGACAGUUUUGCAUAUUUUUGAUGCACUGAUUAAACUAUCUCACAGAUUGAAAAUCCUUUGAGUGCACCCCAAGUGUUAGGAUUAUUUAUACAAUGUGGGUUGCACCAGGGUACUGUAAAGAAUAUUUAUUUGCAGAGAUGGGUGCCAAGCUCUUUGAAAGAUAUGUAACUCUCUCUCAAAUUUUUUUCUUUUAUCUAUGUAAUGUGUGUUCUAUGGUGAGAUGCUAGGUGCAGAUUCUGAUUUGAUACGGAUAUCAUGGUUUUCUGACGUCAUUUGUCAAGAAUGACCACUGAGCAUUUUUUGUUAGAACUUCGCAUUGUAUUCCCCUUAUAGUGAAGUUUUCCCAUCCACUCUGCAUUUCAAACACUUUUUUUUUCUUUUCUUUUUUUUUCUUCUUCUAUUGAAAGAUAAGAUAAUCCUUGUUACCUAAUUUAUUGGCAAAUCUGGAAUGUUCCUGCAUUGUUCUCAUUCUGACUUCUUGCUCCACUGCUAAAAAGGCAUAUUGAUUGUUUCUCUAUACAAGUAGGACAGUUGUGAAGAAUAAAUACUACCAACCUCCCUCCAUUACCUUUCCUUCCCUUGGUAACUCUACCCCCUCUCCCCUUUUAUGGUAAAUUUGACAAACACGCUAGCAGUAAACUGUUGCAACGUGUACUUUAACUAGAUACAGGAGAAUAGGUAUAUAAUCUUAUAAACUCCCAAUAAAAAAAAAAAAUCCUUCAUUUUAUUACCUGUGAUGGAAGAAAUAGAGGGGGACAAAAAUAUGAACUAAUUUGAAGCCUUAGAAUAUUUCAGAGCACGUCUUUAACCUUGGUCUAAUCUAUUAUGAACUUCAUAAUAUCUGGCCAGCCUACUGUAUUAAUGUUUACUGAAAUACCACAAAUAACAAAAUGACAUGCAUGGUAAAUGGCAGUCUAGAUCUGCGAUCUAAACAAAAUUGUGUUCUGCGCCUUUUUUAAAUAGUUCAACCAUGUCCCAUGAUCUAGAGCAGUGUUCCCCAACCCAGUCCUAAUGGACCACCAACAGUCCAGGAUUUAUGUAUUUCUCGGUUUUAUUCCAAAGGAGAUACUGACAAAACCUGGACUGUUGGUGGUCCAUGAAGGCUGGGUUGGGGACCACUGAUCUAGAGCACUGGGUGAUUUGUGAUUAGUGUUUAUAUAGCACCAACUUAUUCCGCAUUGCAUUACCUAUAUCAGUGACUUAUCCAAAGGACUUGCUAGAAAAUAGUAAAUAGGUGAAGACUGAAAAAAGGUGAGAAUAUAUAAUGGCAAAAAAUAAAAAUGGGAAAUGAAUAAUUUGAUUAAAUGAUUGCUUCCAAAAAGGAAAUCUCCAUAAAAAUAGACAUUUGGACAAAUAAGUAGAAUUAGGGUGUUUAAUGAAACAAAGGAUUAUAAAUGGCAUUUCUCUGUAAUCAAAGAAUGUAAUGUUUUGAUUGAAUGUCUGGUGUUGUCACUUGUGCAGUGACCUAUGUGGUUUUAUGGUUUAUAGUGAGUAGAAGUUUACACUUUCCUAUAGUUUUAAUUUUAUUUUGGGGUUUUCCCUCCUCUUCAAACGUCUUGCACAGCAUUCCUUAAAAAAAAAGGUGUGUGUGUGUGUGUGUGUGUGUGUAAGAUUGUUUUCAAAAUCUGACAUUGACUCUUGACAUCCUUUUAGUCUUAUUAUCAGAGACUGUCCUUGUCAUUGCCUACAUUAUACCAGGUUAUUUAAAUCUGUUUUUUUUUUCCUCUUGUCAGAUGUCUCAAUGGUUGGAUUGGAGAGUUCUGCCAGUUUAAAGAUCCCUGUUUGCCAACGACUUGUGUUAAUGGAGGAGCUUGCCAAAGCUCCAUCCGGAGUGGCACUGUGCAGUAUGAGUGCAGUUGUGCCAAAGGUUUUAGAGGUGAGUGCAUUCUGUAGAACUGGAAUGAUGAUUAAAGCUUAUCAGGAAACUGUAAAUGCUUAUGUGUUACUCACCUGUCUCUAACUUUUUAUGACUUCUCUCCAGGACAAGACUGUUCUCUUAUUGAUGCGUGUGCCAAUAACCCCUGUGAGAAUGGAGCCCGCUGUAGCAAUUGGAAUGGACGUUACAAUUGUACUUGCCCACCAGGAUAUCAGGGGCGCAGCUGUCGGGUGGAUAUAGAUGAAUGUCGGACUCCUGGGCUCUGCCAGAAUGGGGGACAGUGUCAAAAUACCCCUGGCUCAUUCCGGUGCCGUUGUCCUAGUGGUUACACAGGGCAAUUUUGUGAGGCGGUCUAUGUGCCCUGUGCACCUUCACAGUGUCUGAAUGGGGGCACAUGCAGACAGACCGGGGAUCUUACAUAUCAGUGUGCAUGUUUGCCAGGUGAGAGGGAGCAUGGCCCUGAGCAAGGAAGGGAUUUAAUACAUGAACUAAAGCCACUUAGUGUUAAAUCAACACAUUCUUAUCAUUCAUGGUUCAUUUUUGCUUCUUCAUUGUGUAGGUUUUGAAGGUGUAAACUGUGAGAUAAACGUAGAUGAUUGCCCAGGCCACAAAUGUAUGAAUGGUGGUACAUGUGUAGAUGGUGUGAACACCUACAACUGCCAGUGUGCCCCAGAAUGGACAGGUAAGACAUGAGAAAAGAGUGUAACUUGGGGACUUAUUUACUAAACAAUGAGUUUCUUUUGAGAAGAGCCAGUGGGGGUGGGGGAGUGGGGGGAAAUGGUUAAAAGGGAAACUAUAUUUUUCUUUGUCGCACAUCUGAUACUGAUCCAGUACUUUUAAAUACAGUGUGCAAAACAAACUUGCAAACAAGGGCCUUUGUUCUAUCUACUCAUGCUAAUUCAACAGCCGUGGCCAACCAUAUUAGUACUGCACUGCAAGACAUGGUACCCUCCCUGCUCUUAUCUUUUUUGGGUGGUUGGCGACAGGCCGCAGUGCACAUCCUACGCCACCAAUAGGUUCUACUUCUGUGUUUGAGCUUAAUAGAGCCUUAUACAGCAAGCAAAACAUGAAAUGCCCUAGAAUGCCUACUCUACAAUGAUUAUUUUUGUCACAAUAUUGAGUUUAAGUUUAUCUAAUUUGGUUCUUGUUAAGGCUCAGUUUGUAAUACAUGUGCUGCACAUAUGAAAAAAAAAAAGUAAAAGCUUGUGGAUCUGCAGUACUUUAAAAUCAAUACAUACAAAUCUAAUUUGAGCUUUUUCUACCAUUGCAAUAUUUGAGUACAAAUUAUAGACACAACUGUAAGAUAAGAUCUCUCCUAUACAGUGCAUGCAUGUAUAUUAAUUAUGGCCAAUUUGAUCCCACAAGAGUCUAGACACAGAUUUAGUUAUUCAUUUAAAUGACAUGCAUGAUAAGGUGCCAAACUCAUUUGUAAUGAAUCUUGACACCCUAAAAUACAUGACUCAAUGUUUUAUUGGAAAGUCUUAUUGCUCCUGGAGUAUUUUUCUGUAGUUUUCUCCACGUGUGAUCCUGCAUUGACUUAAAACUGAUGGCCAAUUAUUCUCUCUCUCGACAGGCCAGUUCUGUACAGAUGAUGUAGAUGAGUGCCAACUCCAACCCAAUGCUUGCCACAAUGGAGGAACAUGUUUCAACAUCCAGGGAGGGCACUCCUGUGUGUGUGUUAAUGGCUGGACAGGAGAGAGCUGCAGUGAGAAUAUUGAUGACUGCGCCACUGCUGUCUGUUUCAAUGGUGCCACCUGCCAUGAUCGUGUAGCAUCUUUCUUUUGCGAAUGCCCAAUGGGAAAGACUGGUAUGUGUUCUUUAACCAUUGAUAAUUGCCAAACUGUGAGAAAAUUAUUAAACAAUCUGCUUUCUUUUAAAGAGCAAUAUUAAAUGUCUUUUAUUGCGCAAAGUACUUUAUUAGCCAAGCAGGGAAUUGAAAACUUUGUCCAAGUGGCCAAAUAUGAAAAACUACUGAUUUAAAUGUAAUCUUUAGGUAUAUCUGCUUUCUAAAUGAAGUAAAUCUGUGACAUUGUGUGUGAUUCACAAAUCUUACUCAUCACUUACUCAUAUGGACAGUAUCACUCUCGUUUGUUUAACACUGGCUGAUUGUCUUUCUUUAUCUUGAGUUAUUUAGCAGCAGAGAGCCUGCAGAAUGCUGUGGUUUUGUUUUUAUUAUACAUCUUAAUUCAUCUACAUUAUGCAAUCAAAGACUCCUCUUCGGGCUUUACUGUUCAUUUAAAACUUAUGAGCUGAGCUUUCAGAUUUAAUUCUCUAAAUUCAGCCAUUCUACUGCUGAGUUGCCGGAUAAUGUUCUCUGGCAGGCUAAAUGUAAAUAAAGAAGCCUGCCAGGCCAAUAUGGAGCACUCUGUGGGUGGUAAACAGUGUAUUCAAAGAUCAAAGAAAAAUGCCUUCGUCCUGCAGGUAUUUAAAAACUUUCUGCUGUCUUACAGGUCUUCUGUGUCAUUUAGAGGAUGCCUGUGUUAGUAAUCCCUGCCACAAAGAUGCCAUGUGCGACACUAACCCAGUCAGUGGACGGGCAAUCUGCACUUGUCCUCCAGGUUUUACAGGAGGGGCGUGUGACCAGGAUGUAGAUGAAUGCUCUAUAGGUAAGGUUGUCAAUGAAACUUUGUAACACCUUUGUUGAGUUGGAAUAGGUGUUAACUCUGGUAUGUGCAAUACUAAAUGGGGAUGAAAUUGAAAUGACUAUUUUCACUGCAUUUUGAAAUCUGAAAUGGGUGCAGUUUCUGAUUAAAUGAAUGUCUGCUAUGCUUGGAGUUCUUGGAACUCCUGGGCAAGUGAUAAUAUGCCAAUCUGUUUUUUCAGGUGCCAAUCCUUGUGAACACUUUGGCCGCUGUGUGAAUACCCAAGGCUCCUUCCAGUGUCAGUGUGGCCGGGGAUACACAGGGCCACGCUGUGAAACUGAUGUCAAUGAAUGUCUGUCCACCCCGUGUCAGAACGAUGCUACCUGCCUCGAUCGUAUAGGAGAGUUUACCUGCAUCUGCAUGGCUGGUAUGAUGCAUUUCAGUGUGGGAAGCCAGCGUGUACGGGAAUUGCAGCUACACUUCACAAAGCCCUGUGCUUGUUUUUAUAACUGAAAUCAAAUAAAAUGCAAAAGGAAAAAAAAAGUUAACCGAACCGGCUAAAAUGUGUAUAUCCUAGAGAAUUAUAUAUUCAUAAGCUUUACUAGUCUACACCCCAGAUCUGAUCCCCCUAAUAGUUAAAUAUUUGUAUUUAUUCAUUGACCAUCCUCUCUUCCCAUGUAGGUUUUAGUGGUACAUUCUGCGAAGUGAAUGUCAAUGAGUGUGAGAGCAGCCCAUGUGUUAAUGGGGGAGUCUGUAAGGAUGUGGUUAAUGGAUUUACAUGCAGCUGCCCAACUGGUGAGUAAAAUACACACUUGGUAUUCAGCAUUUAUUUUAAUAAGCCUACAGUUUAGUCAUUAAUAAAAGUGUUAAGGCCAAGUAACCUAAAGGGAUACUCUAAUCAUAAAACCAAAUUAGAUUAAGUGGUUCUGGGAACAAGAGUUCUUCGCUGGCUGUCAACUCUGUGUAUGUUUUAUGCACAGAUGCUCAUUCAUUGGCUGAGAGUGGCCAACUGGCAAUUUCAACCAAAGAAUGAGUGGCUGGAUUUGCAUCCAGUUUCUGCAGUAGGUUGUCUGCUUUCUCUAACAAUGUUCUUCAAAAACGUAAUUAAGUUAAUUCUAACUAGAACCUAUCACUUCUGUGCCUUGGUUGUCCCUAAGCCUAAUCUGCAAGCUAUAACACAUACCCUGACUAUGUACAAAUAUAACUGCACGCAUACUGAUAGUUUAUUAUGGUUAUUGAUGAGAUUGUGUCUGAAAUCACAAAAUAUAAACAAAUAUAGCCUUUACUGUGCUUACAUAAUAUCUACCAAACCACAACAGAUGUGUCUUUUAUGUUCAAGCUGUUUAAAGGCAUGUAACAAAGCUCAUGCUCUCUAGUGCUCCUGACAUCGAACUCUAAUGGCUUUGUAGUUAUAUCAGUGGAUUGAGCAGUGAGGCUGCAGGGGCAUGUUCUAUACACCAAAACUGCUUCAUUAAGCUAAAGUUGUUCAGGUGACUAUAGUGUCCCUUUAAACAGUGCAUUUUGUAUGAUUUUAGAAGAUAGAUGUAACCUGUGGCAAUAAUGCAAUAUUUAUUUUUUAAAGGACCACUCUAGGCACCCAGACCACUUCAGCUUAAUGAAGUGGUCUGGGUGCCAGGUCCAGCUAGGGUUAACCCAUUUUUUCAUAAUUAUAGCAGUUUCAGAGAAACUGCUAUAAUUAUGAAUCGGUUAAGCCUUCCCCCUAAUCCUCUAGUGGCUGUCUCAUUGACAGCCACUAGAGCGCUUGCGUGCUUCUCACUGUGAUUUUCACAGUGAGAGCACGCAAGCGUCCAUAGGAAAGCAUUGUAAAUGCUUUCCUAUGCGACGGGCUGAAUGCGCGCGCAGCUCUUGCCGCGCGUGCGCAUUCAGCCGCCGGGGCGGAUCGAAGGCGGAGAGGAGGAGGAGAGCUCUCCGUCCAGCGCUGGAAAAAGGUAAGUUAUUACCCCUUUCCCCCUUCCAGAGCCGGGCGGGAGGGGGUCCCUGAGGGUGGGGGCACCCUCAGGGCACUAUAGUGCCAGGAAAACGAGUAUGUUUUCCUGGCACUAUAGUGGUCCUUUAAAUAUUACAUAUUCACACACAAUAUCUCUAGAAGCAAGAUAUGUUAAGUAUUAAAUACAUUUGUCUUUUUGUGUGUUUUUAAAUUCCUGUAGAACUUUUCUUUGGAUCAGAAAUAGCAGACUCCCACUGUGGUUUAUUUAUUUUUAUUUUAUUUUUUGAAUUCCUUUAAUGUAGUCUAAAUAAAACUGCUCUCAUAUAAAAAGCAGUAUUAAAGUUACCAAAUAGUUCCUUAUUUCCGUAUUUGGGAAUGAGGAGGACCUUUUCCGAUCUCUGCUAGAGACCUCGUUGGUGAUAGUGCCAGUUAUGGUUUUAUGUAUUGUAAAUCAGUUGAAAAGACCUCAAAGGAAUGAUCCUGCAAAGCUUUAGAACCUUUUUAAAAAUGUUACAGUACAUGAGACCUACUGACCACUCUCCUGUAGCAGAUAUGUUCGAACAUGGCCUCUACAUAGAAAUAAACUUUAAAAUAUACAGAGCAGUACUACCAAAAAAGAAAAAAUCUCUCUAUAUCUAUAUAGUUACAUAGCUGAAGAGACUUGCGUCCAUCAAGUUCAGCCUACUAUAUCUAUAUUAAUUUAUUUUCUUUCAAUUAAUUUUGUUUAGUUGUUCCGUUGCACUCUUAGUUUUUUGCAGUUUUUGUCAUUCCGAGCAUCUUUUCCCCAUGCUAACAUUUUAUUCUGCUUUGUUUUGUGGUGUCCUAGAAAUGGUUACCAUAGAGUUUUGUCUUGGAGUGAAGUGGGGUCAUGCUGGAAAGGUCUGUUCUGGCUGUGAAUGGCUGGAUUUAAUACUCCCUGCUCUGUAGGAGAUCGGCUCUGACAAUCGCAGUCUCUCUAGGACCUUGCUAUUGGGUUGUUGAAGCAGGGAGGUCAUGUCUAAUGUAAUACCAUGACAUUAAUGAAAGCAAGGACAUGAAUAAUCUCCUGCCAAGAAUAGUUGUGGAAAAAAAGUGAAGUUUUGGGGGAAAACGCAGAACCGCCCUUCUCUUCCCAAAGGAACUGUCUGGGCCAAGUGAAAGCAGAAAUGAAAAUGCAGACAACUUGACUACGUGUCAAGACACAAAAUCUAGGCUACAUUUAUUUAGCAGUGAAUGUUUUAAUAGAAUCUACGGCUAUUCUAAGAACUUGUUCUUUAGUUGGCCAACAAGAAUCACAGUAGAACACAUUUGCAUCCUCCUGCUUUGAUGCAUGUUUAGCCGAAAUAAUGAAUAGCAAUUUUUUACGUAUGGAGCAGAUGUGCGCCUAAUAUAGGUUAAAAGUUUCUAGUUUGCGUGUGAUGUAGUACAUUGCUCUCUGUAGUGGGAUUCUGCCUGUGGUGUGCCAUAGUUCUGGUAUGGUGUUCCACAUAUGGCAUGGCAAAGGGUUUAGCUUGUAAUGGUUGUGGAGCUGUCCAGUAUUGGGUUCAACUUAUGGAAUGGAUAGAUAGAGAUAGAUGGAUCUUUUUUUAUUUUUUUUUAUUUUUUUAUUUUCCUGUCUGAAUUGAGUCUAAAUGCAUGUAUAACCCAAGUAGUGUCCUUAUUAAUUACUUUGCAUUAUAUUUAUACGGUACCAGAGUGCAUGAAGCCCUUGUGGUGACUAUAUAAAUCUGAUUGCCAUUCUGUUAUUAGGUCAUUUUUGUAGACCCCUUAAAGUUACUUUUAUCUCCUGUUAUGUUUAAAAUGUUCCAAAUGAUCUUCAAUCCACAAUUUCCUCCUUAUUUACCUUUGGUUAGUGGAGGACUUACAGAUGGUUUCCUUUGCAGGGUUUACGGGCUCCAUGUGUCAGAUUGAUAUAGACGAAUGUGCCAGUACUCCAUGCAAGAAUGGUGCAAAGUGUGUGGACAGACCCAAUGGGUACGAGUGUCGAUGUGCUGAGGGUGAGUUCUUCACUCCAGUUUCUGACUGAGGGUAAUCUUACACCUGGUGUCUCUUUCUGAUGCUGUAUCCUGUUCUCUCUCACGCUCUCUGGAUGUCUCUCUUAAAAUAUUCAGGGAGGUAAGUCUUGUACUGUCUCUGGAUUUCCUUCUGUCUGAUCAAUCUGUUGCUUGCUCUUUUUUUCCCACUCUUCUUUAGUUCUUCUGCUUCUUGUAUGUUUGUAUUAUGCUGUGUUCCAUCAAUUUGCUUUUACACCAGCUGCUGCUCCUCAAUGUCUUAUUUGCCAAAGUUAGUGCUCUACCGUACCUUGCUUUUCUCUUGUCAUCCAGCACACUACCUUGCUCAGUUUUGCCUGCCUAUCAUGCCCUGGGCCCUGUCUUAGUAUAUCACACCUCACCUUACCUGAGCUAGCCACAUGCACCAUCAUGCGCACCUGACCUGCUCUUUCUUUGCACAAACAUGCCCCUUCUGAACUUUCCACGAUCAUCACACCUUAUCUGCUAUUGACCUAUUCCUAAUUGACACCUCACACAGCCUUAGUCUGCAGCUAAUUUUGAUGGUUUUUCCUGAAAUUGCUGUUUACGUGGUGAUCCUUAUUCAUCCAUCCUUGCCCUGCUUAUUCUAGCUCCAGAUGGGGCCUGCCUCAUGUUAUGUCUAGCCUGUGCUUUGUGUUUUGGUUUGUCCUACUAUUUUAUCUGCCCUGAUCCUAGUAUAUUUUGCCACUACUAACUUUUGCAUUGUGUGGUUCUGAUUUGCUCAAUCUUUCCUGACUUUGCUGUGUUUGGUUUGCUCAAUGGCUAGAAUGCUGCCCAGUCAAGAUUUCUUUUUUGCUUGGCAAUAUCUCUGCAUGCCAUGCUUGUGCUUUUUGGCCUUAAGCACCAUAUUUAACUCAUUCUCCAUUGCACCUGUUUUACCUUCACUCAACUUCAUAUUUUUCUUUCAGGUUUUGAAGGUUCCCUUUGUGAGCGUAACAUUAACGACUGCUCUCCAGAUCCUUGUCACCAUGGUAAGUGCCAUGAUGGCAUUGCCAGUUUCACCUGCACCUGUGACCCAGGCUAUACAGGCUAUCGUUGUGAGAAUCAGAUCAAUGAGUGCAACAGCAAUCCGUGUCUGCAUGGAGGGAAGUGCAUCGAUAUUGUGAACAAGUACUUGUGUUAUUGCCAGGCCGGAACCUCAGGUGAGUGACUGAGCAGUUGAGCAUACUGCAUGUCUGUAAUUGUGACGAUUACGUAACUGGGCAUAUUGUAGAUGAUUUUCGGAAUGAAUUUUCUCGAUGAGAAAAACAUGAAAAUGUAGAUUAUCUACAGCUCUUUAUUCAGAAAAUACAGAAUGUUGUCUAUUUUACUUUUAUUCUAGUUAGUUGACCUCAACAUAUCCCUGUCAUAAAUUACAUGCAUGUAUGGAUAUAGCUGUUUUGUUUUAUUUAUUUUUUUUGUAUGGAGGUGGCCAUCUUGGUACUCCAUCACAACAUGUAAACCAUUUUCAUACAUUAGCGUUCCUCAUAGAAUUACUGAUAGGUUUUGGGCAGCUUGCAGCCAGUUAGAACAUUAGAUUUUUCCCAGAUUGAGCAGAGUACCUCUCAGAAUUCUACUAUAAUUAUAUGAAUUUAUUAGACACUGACUGACUAAUGUGCCCAAUUGAAAAUUGUAAGACUUUUUUUUUUUAAACUUUUUUGGAGGAAUUUAAAUUACUGAUGACAGUGCCCUUUAGGGAUUGGAUAUUUUUGCAAUGGUAAACUUAAUGUGGUGUUUAUAAGGGACAUUUUGUUAUGGGGCAAAGGUUGUUGCUAAUCUAAGUUAGGGUCAAGGUAAGUGAAAGGGACCUUUCUGACAGGAGAUGAAUGUAACUGUGUGCUACGAUUUUGUUUCUCAUGGGUAAGUAGUAAUGCUGACUGGGGCAGGCAUGACUGAUAUUGACAAUGCUCAUGUAUUUGAAUUUGCUUUAUUCUGCUUGACACAAAUGGGAUUUGCUGUAUUAUAGGAGUAAACUGUGAACACAAUUAUGAUGACUGUGCCAGCAACCCAUGCGACUAUGGAGAAUGCAAAGAUGGCAUCAACAGAUAUGAUUGUGUCUGCAAACCAGGAUUCACAGGUGAGGGCAUAUUAAUUACUUUGGCAGAUGAGAGUAAGAGCUUGGAAAGUCUCACUAUAUGGAGCCCUUUGUGUUCAAAUAAAUGAAAAGGAUGGAUGGGGAGAUUAGCAGGAAAAAACACUUUGACAUCCUUGCAUUCUUUUGUCACUAUGUCUCUUUAUCAAAAUGAUUACAACAUUCUGAGGAUAUUGUAUCAGGACUAUCCUGACAUUUCAAUUUUCUUGAAGGGUUUUAAAGCAUCAUUUGCAAUUUGUAGAGUUUGAGGCAUUACAAAUUUACUGCAGUAAGGCUUUAGUAAUGCUGUGCAGCCCUUUAACUUGCAUCUUCCUGUUUUCAGGUCCUCUCUGUAACAUUGAGGUGUCCCCUUGUGCAUCCAACCCUUGCCGUUCGGGAGGCACCUGCCAGACUUUCCAUAAUGGCUUUCGAUGCCUCUGUCCAGAGGGGGGUGGACCGCGAGACUCUUAUUGCACUCCCAUCCAGGACCAUGAUAAAGCAGCCUGCACAGCAGGUUGUGUGCAUGGAGUUUGUCGCAAAGCCACUGAUGGGUAUGUGCUUGAUUAUUGUAUUUUCCAUAUGCCUAACUGCUUUCAUCAGUGUUUGUCCUUUUCUCCCAUUUAUCCUUCCCACAGAAUUAUCUUUGUGUUCCUACUCCUGCACAUAACAUUUCAAUUCAGAUUUGUUCUUUUUUGUCAUUUACUCAGGUAUCUGUGUGACUGCCAGCCAGGUUGGACUGGUAAAAUGUGUGAACGAAGGAGCACUGAUGCCUGUUCUACCAACCCCUGCCUGAAUGGAGGAACUUGCACGGAGCGAUCUGGGGGACCAGUCUGCCGCUGCCGGAAUGGAUUCCGUGGUAAAAAUUACUUAUUUAUUUUUUAGUAUAAAGAAAAACAAAUUUAUGUACCUAUUUGUCACUCAAAAGACUAUUGAUGGCAUGUCCAUAGGUGUUCUAUAACGGUGGGUGAUUUUGUCCUGAUUAGCUGUAACUUAAUUAAUCAGUUUUAUAAUGACACAACUUUUAAAAAAAAUGAAAAUAUUCAAAUUUCAAAAUUCCAUAGUGCCUAAGAGGCACAGCAUUGUUCAGGUGUUUUGAUCUUUGUCUUAUGUUUAGAACCCAACUGCUCUGGUAUGAAAUGUUAUCACCAAGGUUACAUUGCAGAGAGAUAUUCAAAAAGAGUGCCCAACAUCCAAAUUCAAAUGUUCAACAGAAUUUGUUAAACAUUGGCGUUACAUGACUUGUUUGCGGCUUUGGGGCAUAUGGGGGCGGUUCUGGACAAGUUGGAUAAAUGUAGAAAUGUAUGCAAAUCGAAAAAAAGGGAAAAAUAUCCAAAUGUGCAUAAACUCUAUGGCAACCAAUGGAAUGGUUCAGCUGGUUUCAUUGGUUUUCAUGUUAAUUGCUUCCCUUCUAGAUUACUGCCCAGUUUGCGGUUAUCUGCACAACUAUACGUUUUCUCCAGUGUUCUUUAAAAAGCGUAAUAUGUUCUAACAGAAUCUAACUCCUGCUAGGUACAAAUUGUCAGAUCAGCAUCAACAAAUGUGCUUCUGCUCCAUGUCUGAAUGGUGGUAUCUGCGUAGAUGGUGUUGCAGGGUUCAGCUGCCUAUGUACCCUUCCAUAUACAGGUACAUGGACGCAAUGACUAGUGGGCGAUUUUAGAAUUACAGCAAUGGAGCAGUGAAAUUUUGGAAUGUCAGAACAAAUUUGCCACACUAGAGGUUAAUUAGGUUACCAAGAUGCAAGGGGACUCUGAAAUAAUAAAAAAAAGUAUUUGAUAAAAGCAUGGGAUCUUUCUUACUUGUUGCUUUUUUUAAAAGAAAAUGUGAAUUCCAAGUUAUACAAAUUAAAUCUAUAAAUGUAAGAAAGAGAUGCUUUAAUGUAUGUAAAAUAGACACAUAGAAAUAGACACACUAUCUGUGGAAUUAUUUUCAGGGAUUACAGGUUGAAGGGCAGUUAGUUUGGGGUAAAAUAUAUGGAGAAACCUGUGGGCCUUAUGGCAAAUGUUUUUGUUUUUUUUUGUUUGUUUUUUUAACAUAAUCUGCCGUGUCAGUUACCUAUCAGCCAUGAAGUCUUAAUAUGAUAUGAUUUUGUAUACACUACAGGUCAGACAUGUGAGACUCUCCUGGACCCGUGCGCCCCAGAACCUUGUCAAAAUGGGGGUAUCUGCUCACCCACCUCGGAUUAUCAGGACUACACCUGUAAAUGCGGUACUGGCUGGGAAGGUAAAUGUCUACAAUAAGUAAAGAUCUUUUACAUAUAGUAAUGAAGAUCUGCUAGUAUACACUGACUUAUUAUUCCAACAACAUGUGAGUAAAACUUAAGUUCUCUAAAUAUAACCAAGGCUUUUGCUCAUAUAUUUAGAUGUUUAAACCUCUGCAAAAGGUUCUUGGGAGCAUGGGAACAACACUACAGAUUACAACAGUUGUUCAAUCUGUAGAAAAGCCACUUUGACAGUAAAGAGGGCCAGAUGGCAUUCAAAGUAUUUACAAAGGGUUAACUGCUAAAAAAAAUAAAUUAAAAUUAUUUUAUUUUCUCUUCAGGUGACUCAUGUGGCAUUGAUAUAGAUGAAUGUAUGCGGAGCCCAUGCCAGCAUGGUGGGAUCUGUACCAACAGGCUAGGUGGUUAUAGUUGUGCGUGCCCAUCAGGAUUCACUGGGCCAAACUGUGAGAUGGACAUUGAUGACUGUGUCCCCAGUGAGUAUCUAUUUCAGAUAACAUGGGGUGCUGAUCCCAUUGUCUAUUUGUGCGUGUAUGGAUGUGUAAUUUUUUAUUUUUUAUUUUUUCUAGUAGCCUUCUCGAUUCCUUAUUCACUGUGUACUUUACAUUCUCAGAUCCUUGCCUCAAUGGAGGUUCCUGUAAUGAUGGAAUUAGUUCUUUCUCCUGUACCUGCCUUCCUGGAUUCACGGGCUCCCGAUGCACUAAUGAGAUUAAUGAGUGUUUAAGUAACCCAUGUCGUAAUGGGGCCACCUGCAUGGACUAUGUUAACAGCUAUGUUUGUACCUGUGCUCCUGGAUACACUGGACCCAUCUGUGAAACAAACAUCCAAGACUGUACAGACAGGUAAGACUGAACUUUGCCUUCACUAAUAUAUAAACUUGUUCUAUGCAAGCUAAAAUAUGGCCUCUUGUCUCUCAAAACUAUCUUAUAAAGCUCAUUAUUCAGAGAAUCAGUACAGUCCUACCCCUGUCCCUUCAAGCAAUAUAUAUUUUUUUCCUAUGUUAUUGUGUGGCCCAACAUGAUUGCUCCUUAAAUCAGUUUUUAUUACAUAUUGUGAGGUGUAUUAGAAAAGGGCUGUUCUAAACCUUAAAAUUAAUUGUGGCAAGAAAACACAACCUAUUAAAUGGUUUAAAGCACCUUUGUAGCUUUGCUUCUGCAGUUUAAAUAUUGAGCCAGUGCAUCACUUUGGAAGGUUGUCGCACCCAACCAGCUUUCCUGUUCUUUCCAGUUCUUGUUUCAAUGGCGGGACAUGUGUGGAUGGAAUCAACACAUACACAUGCAAGUGUCGUUCUGGCUUUACUGGCUCUCACUGCCAGCAUGAAGUAGAUGAAUGUGCAUCGCGGCCAUGCCAGAACGGCGCAGUGUGUGUGGAUAGGGUGGAGUCUUACCGGUGCGUUUGCCCCUAUGGAUACACUGGAGUACAGUGCCAGGUGAGAAUUAAAAUGUAUCAAAUAUUGUGUGUAGGUGGUUGUAGAUCUUGUGUGCAAAGUAAGAGAUGUUGAGGAGUCAGGGCAGUGUAAAAUAUGAACUAUAAAUGGAUAUAAUGCAGCAAAGUAUAUGAGAUGACGCAUAAAAGUUUGUAAAUUUGUUUAUAUAUGAGAAAUGUAUCAUAUUAGUCCAGAAACGGUACUAUGUCCAAGAGAAGAGUGUACGUUGUCAGAUGGACAUGGCAUAGGGAGAAGGAUGUGUUAGAGGUUGUGUACAGUGCAGAAUUCAAAUGUUUGUGUGUUGGGUGAUAGGCGAUAGAACAGUAGUAUAUGGGGGUGAUGAUGUGGUAUAGGAUAAAUGCGUAUGAUCAGACUUACAAGAAUUUUUGUCAUUUUCUGACCCAGAAUAUUACUGUAUAUUGAUAAGCCAUUCUAAAUAUCUUUACUUUUAACUCCAUACUAUAAAAUAGAAUCUUCUAGACCUGUGCAAGCUUUCACCAUGCAAGAAUGGGGGACGCUGUACCCAAGUGGGCCCUACUUUCCGAUGUGAGUGUGAUCAAGGAUGGACUGGGAGUUACUGUGAUGUUCCACGUGUGUCAUGUGAGGUGGCAGCUGCCAGGAGAGGUGAGUAAUGGAAAGUCAAAUACCCCUAAGACUCUGCUUUUCUAAGUUAAAUCUGAAAUGUGGUCCUGUUACUGGCUUUUAUUCCCCAGGUGUACGUGGAGACCAACUUUGCCUGUCAGGAGGUACAUGCAUUAAUACUGGCAGUUCUCACAAAUGCUUCUGCAGAGGAGGCUACACGGGAAGCUACUGUGAGACUCCUAUCAACCAGUGUGACCCAGAUCCUUGUCGUAACGGAGGAGUAUGCCACAGCUUUCUGGGAGGCUACACCUGCGAGGUAAGAGCUCUGUGGUUUGUGUGACUUGUUGAGUUUAAAACCUAUUCCAUUGAAAUGAGUGAAGUAUAUGUUUUACAGAGGAGCGCCGCUGGUGUUAAUAUGCAUUCCUGUGCUCAUAUUACUGUUCUUAAAAAAAAGCAUUUUGUGUAAGCAAUGCCAAAACUUGAUCAUGCAAUAAAUAUCUUAAACCCUUAUCUAUAUGUUCUACACUUAAUUACUUUUUAUUUUUUAUUUUUUUAGUGCCCAGUAGGAUAUGAUGGAAAGAAUUGUGAAUAUGAUAUUGAUGAAUGUCAAUCUCAUCCCUGUCAGAAUGGAGGUUCUUGCAUUGACCUCAUAGGCCGUUAUAUUUGCUCCUGCCCUCCAGGGACCCUGGGUAAGAUUGUGCUCUCCAGCAUUGCAGCCAUUUCACACUUUUACCUCCACCUGUCUUUGUCCCUAUGGUGACAUCAUUUGCCCUCCUUAAUACAUUGCCUUCAUUCUAUUUUCCUGCUUAGUUUAUUUUAUAAAUCCCCUCUAAAACAAACACAAAGUUGUGUAUUCUAAAACUAGGGCAGUCACCAUUCACCAUGGAAACAAAUGUAAUUAGUCAGAACACUCCAUUGGUGAUCACGCCACCUUUACAACUUUGCACCACUUUUCAGAAAAAGACACUUUGAUAAAUGUCCCCCUUUUAUAUUUGACUCUGAUUAUUUACCACUAUUUUCCAGGUGUCCUUUGUGAAAUAAAUGAGGAUGACUGCUCCUCCUUCUCCAGCAGUGGGCCUCCCAAAUGCUUGAAUAAUGGAACAUGUGUUGACAAGGUGGGCGGCUACCGCUGCAACUGUCCCCCUGGUUACACAGGUGAAAGGUGUGAGGGAGAUAUCAAUGAGUGCCUUUCUGGACCCUGCCACCCACAUAACACCCGAGACUGCGUGCAGCUGGCCAAUGACUACCAGUGUAUUUGUCGGAAUGGUUAUACAGGUGAGGAAGGGGGUUAAGUGUGUGUGUGUGUGUGUGGGUUAGUCGUGGUAGUGCAGGAGUCUAUAAAGCCUUUAGAAUAGCUGAAGCGGUUUAAAGGGCUGGGGAUGAAGCUUCUGUGUGCAGAUUGUGGCAGCUAUGAAAUUAGAGCUCCAUACUUGUCAUAUAAUCUAUUUACUGCAAUUUCUACAGCUCUAAAUACAGCAAAUAAAAGAUAUCAAAAUAUUAACUUGCCUGGCAAAAAGAAAUUAAUAUAUACCUUGCAAGAUUGCCUUUAUAUUUGCAGGGCUCCAAAUUUCCACCUGCCCACUAGCUUUUGGCAAGUAAAUCAUUCAGCACUGGUGAGUUCACCAUGGAACCUGCAGGUUUGCACGGAGUCUUAUUUAGGUCUUCAUUACUGAAUAAUGAUAUUUGUAUCUUUAGGUUUAACCCCUUAAGGACACAUGGCAUGUGUGACAUGUCAUGAUUCCCUUUUAUUCCAGAAGUUUGGUCCUUAAGGGGUUAACAGCUUUGUGUUAGGAACUAAUAUUCACAUUUAUCAAUGGUUCUAAUUUUUAACUUGUUUCUGGUCAGCUGGAGGUGUGUGUGUGUGUCUCAUCCAGCCAUGACCAGUCUGUCAAAGGAAGUCUGAGUUGGCUAGGUCUGCCGACACCAGACAAGUUGCACAAAACUAGUAUUGCCAGCCAGGAAGAGUAUUCCAGUUGGCAGCCUUACAGACAGGAGAUCUAGAGAUAGAUGUACUACGGUGCUUACUGUCCUAUUUGUAAUUAUUCUGGAAUCCAUCUUCGACUUGAAAGCCUGUGUCUAAUAUUUUCCCCUCCAUCCCUUUUCUAGGCCGCCGCUGUCAGAGUGUGGUGAACACGUGUGAAUCUCGCCCAUGUCAAAAUGGGGGAAUCUGCCGUGUGACUGUUAACACGCCCCUUGGAUACACAUGUCACUGUCCCAUGGUAACACUCUCUCAUUUGUACAUCCUUCUCCUUUGUGAUUUUUAUUUGAUCCUUUCACAGAGAAUUUUUGACAAUGCAACAUUAAUGUUUCUCUCCCAUGUAGGGUUAUACCGGACCUUCAUGUGAACGUUCACUCCUCUCCUGCCGUGACAUCACCUGCCCCUCUAGUUCCACUUGUAUUUCUUCCCCAUUAGGUCCUCGCUGCAUCUGUCCUCCUGGUAUCAACUGUAACCAUUCUCCCAAUGCCACCUUCCCUCCCCAAUUUGCACCAUCGCGACCUCCCUUUCAUUCACCUUGUUCCCAUUCCCCUUGCCGUAAUGGAGCAACAUGCCUCCCAUCAUCACAUUUCCCUUACUUCAGUUGCCAGUGUCCACCGAAUCUGGCAGGACCACGUUGUGAUUCAAGACUCUUUUUACCAGCAACCACUGCACCAACUCUACAAUGUAAUCCACCACAGUGUCGUGGAAAGGCAGGAGAUGGUCAUUGUGACAGGGAGUGCAAUGUGGCUGCCUGUCAAUGGGAUGGCUGGGACUGUACCUUAAACGUGGACGAUCCAUGGAAACGAUGCCAUAAUCCACAGUGUCGUGAGCUUUUCAACAAUUCUCUGUGUGACAAGGAUUGUCUCUCUGCCCAGUGUCUAUAUGAUAACUUUGACUGUCGGGAGAGAGAAGUUUGCAAGUAAGUGACGACAGUAGAGGUUUAGAAUAGAGGUAGAAAAACAAUGUAUGCAAGUUAUUGUAAUAAGGGACAGAUUGAGUAGGCAUUUAGAUAUGGAACAAGGGACAGUCCAUUAACACUGUAUUAAUAAAAUAACCUGGAACCUGUACUUAAAGUAUGGCAACAUUGAUAUAAAAGAUAUUGCUUGAGUGAGAAAGUAUGUUUUCAUUUUGCACAGAUUAGACCCAAAAGUCAGUCAGAAGCUUAGCACUGAAAGCUAAGAUUGUUUACAAUUACUGUUCUUAUUUAUCCAUCUCUUACUCCCCAGCCCUGUGUAUGAGCAGUAUUGCGUGGAUCACUAUGGCGAUGGUCGAUGUGACCAGGGUUGUAACUCAGGGGAAUGUGGCUGGGAUGGCCUUGAUUGUGCUGGAGGUCCAGAAGGAGAAGUCCUGGCAAGUGGAGUGUUGGUAGUUGUGGUUUUGCUUCCCCCCGAGGAGCUGUUAAAACAAAGCACUGCUUUCCUACAGAGACUUAGUGCAAUCCUACGCACAGCUUUGCGCUUUCGCAAGGACAGUGAGGGGAGAUAUAUGAUUUACCCCUAUCGGAAGGAUCAAGCCACCAAGAUACGAGCAAAAAGGGAGCUUGAUGACGAUGUAAUAGGGUGAGAAUUCCUGCGGUUCUAAAUUAGAUUUUCUAUGUAACAGUCUUGGUAUUGUUUUAACCAGGCCUUUAAGGUAACAUUUCCUCUUCCCCGAACAGAUCCAGUGUAUCCCUGGAAAUUGAUAACCGGCUAUGUGUGAAGGAGAUAGGAGGAUGUUUUCCAGAUGCAGAGAGCGCUGCAGAUUACAUUGCUGCCUUGAAUGGACUAGAAAGACUGAACUUCCCUUAUCCACUGACAUCCGUGCGUGGUGAGUCAUUGGACAUGAAUUCACUCUACAUGUUAAGUAUAGGGAGAAAGUGCCCUAUUAGAGCAUGCUCACUUGUGCCCGCUCUAUUAAUGCUAUCUGGAUCCUAUCCAUCAUGAUAUGUUGAAAAGAUGUAUAUAAUAUACUGAUAUGGAACAUAGAAGAAUUCUUGCUCGAGAUUUAACAAAUAUUGAAAUCUUUCUAGGUGAAAAAUUGGAAGAAAUUCCCACAAAACCACUUGACCUCCUACCUCUAAUUGGGGUAGCUGGUCUUCUGGUCCUAGUCGUGGUGGUUCUGGGGGUCCUGGUAUCUCGCAGGAAGAGAGCUCACAGUACGUUGUGGUUCCCAGAAGGCUUUAUCCUGAAGAAGGAAAGAGACCGCAGAGAGCCUGUUGGACAGGAUUCUGUGGGUGUUGGUCUAAAGUAAGGAUCAUUCCAAAAGCUCUUGAGUAUUUUAGAUGUGGGUGUUAAAAUGAAUGUGGAUAAAUAGUCCCUUGAGAUACCUUUUUUGUCUUAAAAAUGAAACUAAGUCUCUCUAUAAACAUGGCCCUUAAUAAAUCAGCUGACACUUAUGUAUGUAGUGGGUUGGCAUGCAAGCUUACAAACCUCUCUAAUCUUUCUUAGUCUUCACAUACAAGUAAAAGUAUUAGACCUAUGCGAAAAUUAAUUUGAGCGGUUUGUCUGAAUCAAAGUCCUUUUGAUCCAUACCCGAUUGAAACAAUUUGUCUGGGAUUUACCUGUGGAAUCUUAUUCAAAUACUAAGACUUUACCAGUAAAUCCCAGACAAAUCAAUUAGUUCGGGUAGUUCGGAUUUUGAUUUGCAUAAGUCUAAUAUUUAGUAACCCAACCAUCAAUAUCUUACUAACUCUUGCUCUGAUCCUUUACUAAAAAUUCUACGCCCCUUUCCCCAAACACUUUUUCACCUGUUUCCAAAACAGAUGUUUUUGUCUUCUUCUAAUCUAUCCAUCUUAAAUUCACCAGGAACAUGGCUAAAGCAGAACGUCUCAUGGAAGACCCGUCUGAAGACUGGACAGAGACUGAAUGUCCAGAAGCGAAGAGAUUAAAGGUACAAGUCCCAAGUAUAUGUAUAUAUCCCAAAUAUGUGUGUGUAUGUAUGUAUAUAUAAUCCAGUGAUUUCAGUUUUGUCGUUUUUUAUUUGUUUUUUUUUGUUUUUUAAAUUGCUCUCCAUAAAUCUUCAUUUUAUUUUACUGGUUCACCUGAUAUUGGGAAAUACCAGCACUGUUGGUACAUGGAUUUUCAGGGCAGUAAUAAGUAGAAUUUUUGCCCGGAAUAAAAGCUGUGCUUGUUUAUUAAAUUUUUUUUGCUUCACUGUAAAACCUAAGCAUAAGAUAGAAUUUUAAAAAACUGGCUAACUUUAGUUAAUAUGGGUGUAGAUAUACAUUGAUACUUUACUGCUGCAGAUGCCAUGUGAAUGGCCCUCUGUCUUGGGUAUACUACCUGAUGCCAAAGAGGUCACAAACAAGACUAAAAUCCCAGAUUUUAGAUUAUAUUGUUAGUUACCCACUUUCAGUUUGAUUAAUUUGCACUAUUUUACAUUGUGCCUGUCCUAGUAAAUGGUGGUAUUCUUCACAAAACAAAGUGGUAUUUAUCUGCUCUGUUAUAAAAAGGAAAAUAGCCAAUUUACUCCUAUUGAGAAUUGUAUUCUUCAUUCCCAAAAAUUACUUAAUAAAAUUAUGCUAUGAGAGCUUUGUUGGCAGUGGUUGUAACCAGCCGUUCCUUCCAUGCCUGAAGUUCCACGCAUAACAGCUGACAACUAUAUAAUGGAUAAACUUACUAAUAACUAGGCUUAUACAUAAUUUAAUGAAAUCCUUUUCUUUUGAAUUUGACCAUUUUUAUUUUGUGAUUGAGGGUAAAGGAAGGGGUUACAGAAGGCAAGAGGGAGACACAGGGGGUUUGUACAUAAACUUAUACAUGAGAUUGUCAACAGUAUUGAAUCAUUGCGCAGGUUAACACCAUUACAUGCUGUGGGCUCGUUCGGGUUACACCAGUAGUUAUAAUAUCUUGGUUCUCAGUGCAAGUUGAGCUUUGUAUGUUUGUGGGCAGUGUCUGUCCUCGGUGGUUCAAGCUCGGUUGGGUUUAGAGGUUGACACUAUCCAAUGUGUUGGUGUUGAACCCGUGGGGGGGGGGGGCGCGAGUAGCGGAGGGGUAUUUGUCGUGCGGUGUACCUGAGUUACCUAAGUGUAAUUUGGGUGCGGUGUACAGAGGUGUUAUAUGAGUGUGGUGUAGGUGCAGUGUGUAUGCAAUGUGUACGUGAGCCAUCUUGCGUGUUGUUUGGUCGCCUCCAGUCGUGGAAGUUAUUCAUUUAUAUGGAGGGUUUUUGUUUUCGUUGGUUUAGUGUGGUUUGUUUCGGUCCCACAUGUUCCAUGCUUCUGUCCAAUAGGGGCUGGCCCGACUUGUUUUCCUUGCCAUUGUUUCAUAGGUUUUGGACGCUUCUAUCGCUGUGAUGCAUUGGUUGAGCGUUGGUGCCGUAGUUUGUUUCCAAUUUCUGCUGAUGGUACUGAGGGCUGCUAUACAUAUGUGAUAUAGUAGGUAUUUAGUGUGCAUGUGCUGUGUUGGGGGAAGUAGUAGUAGCAGGAAUACUUCCGGCAGGAGGGAGAUAUGUAGUUCGGUGCAGCUCUUUAUUAGGUCUAGGAUUGUUACCAGUAUUUUUGCAGUAGCGGACACUGCCACCAUAUGUGCAAUAAGGUGCCUCGGUCCCUUAGGCAACGCCAGCAUUUGUCUGAUAUGUUCGGGUAGCUGUGUUUGAGUCUUGUUGGGACUAAGUACCAUCUGUAUAAUAGUUUGCGGGAGGUUUCCAUGUGUGAUGUGCAUAGGGUGAGUUGUUUGUUGGCAUGGAAUAUGGUGUGCCAUUGGUCGCUCGUGAGCCUGUGUCCUAUAUCCCGUUCCCAUGCCGUUUGGAAGGAAGGCAGAGAUGCUUGGGUGUCCGAGUUCGCGGAAGCGUAGAUUCUUGAGAUGAGUUUCUUAGCUGGCUUGACUUUGGUGCAUAUUUGUAGCAGUUUGAGCCAGUGAUGAAAUCCUUUUCUAAAGUUUGGGCACCUUGGAAGGAGCUUGCGAUUUCAGUCUUGCAUGUCUAUUACUAAAUUGUUUCUGACCUCACAGCGUGUGGGUUGUGUUCUUCUUCUGGCCAAACUAACAGGUUGUUCAGUGCUUUCCUCGAGGCAAGUAUUGCCUGCCUGUUUACUUUGUCUUGUGCUUCUUUUUCAGCUUAUGUAUGUUUAUUGUAUUUUGAUGUUUAUCUGUAUACUGUGACUAGUCUAGAUAUUUUAUAGAUUACUAUGUAUAUUUAAUUUAAAAAACAAAACAAACCGUUUGGCAUGUGUGGUUUUUUUGUUUUCUAAACAGACAGAGGAGCUUUCCCCAUGCCGACAGGAUCCUGUGGACCCCCGCCCUUGGACUCAACACCACUUGGCAGCUGCUGACAUCAGACUACCCCCAGCAACUGCCCUCACUCCUCCACAGGGUGAUUACGAGAGCGAUGGCAUGGAUGUUAACGUAAGAGGGCCUGGUGAGUGGAGAAUACCUAAGCUUCAUUUUGAAUGCAAUUUCAUGCAUGCUGUUUUACUUGUGGUCCCCCUGCAUUGUUCUAGUGUAUAUUUCUGAGACCACUGUGGAUAAAGAAGCUGUAGUCCUAAACCUUAUAUUACACUAAAUCUAUACAUUUUUUAAAUCUGGCCAGUGAGGUUCAGGGACAAGCAAACAUUGGUGACCAGAAUUGCUUCACUUGGCCUUUUGGAACUUUUACCUUUCAUAUUAAAUAAUAUUGCCCUUCUCCGCCACCUCUUUCAAACACAGGCUGAAAUGUGUUUUCCCCUGCUGCACAGGAGUUGAUAUGGUUUCACAUAUGUUGGUUGUAUUCUUUCUUGCAUUAGGUAAGGAGUAAUAGAGGGCUCUAGGCACACUUCAGAGAUUCUAUGCAGGCUGUAUAGGCUUCCCUCAAUGUGCUGUACAGUACAUAUACUUAUUGCUGCUAUUAGUUGAAAUCUGCAUCCACAAAAAAAUAUUUGGAUCCUCUACAAAUCCCUACAAGAGUAUUUGACCAUUUUUAUGUCUCUCUUUUGUCAAUUGUAUGUGGCAAAAUUUUAUUUUUGCUUACAUGUUAACAGUUCAGACCCUGAUUCAAAUAUUACAAGAUAAGGGGUAUUAACCCACCAAUACACACACACACAACUUUUGUCAAUGCUUGACAAAAUUUGUUUUCUUUACAUUUCUGUAGCUGUAUCCCUGAAAAGCAAUACAUAAGUUUGAUUUUCAUAGUUAUCCCAAAUUUCAAAUAAAUGAGAUUUAUUUUUUUUUCUUCUACUGAACAGGUUUAAAGGAUAAAGCCGAUCCGUUAUGUCACUUGCCAUAAGUUUUGCUUUCAUGCUGAUGUUUAUUUAAUCACCAUCUCCUUUUAGUGUAGUUAAAAGCAGUAAAUUGGAGCAUGGCUGUUUCUCUUUAAAAACCAAGUUUAGUUUUGAGGAAUUGAUUUCUGGACGCUAGUGGGAAAUGUGUGACCUUCUCUCCUUUACCUUGUGCAUUGUAGAUGGAUUCACUCCACUCAUGCUUGCCUCCUUUUUGGGAGGUGGUCUUGAGCCGGAGUCCCAAGACGAUGAGGAGGAGGGAGAAGUUUCUGCAAUUUCAGACUUAAUUUGCCAAGGUGCAUCACUUGGUGCACAGACUGACCGCACAGGUGAGACCGCACUGCACCUUGCUGCCCGUUAUGCCCGGGCUGAUGCCGCUAAGAGACUGCUGGAUGCCGGUGCAGACCCCAAUGCACAGGAUCACACAGGCCGUACCCCACUACAUGCUGCUGUGGCUUCAGAUGCACAAGGAGUAUUCCAGGUAAGUUCAAAACUAGUUUUUAAUGUGUUCUUGGACUAAAUGUCCCUUAAUUCUGACUGAUAAAGUAAUCUGGAAAAGUCCACAGCUAGACCAAGGUUUGAUUUCUGGUAUAAAGAAUUGUACUUCUAUCAACUCCAUUCAGCUAGAAUUAAAUGGAUUGUCUAGGUAAAAAUGUACAUUUUUUUUAAAAUUUAUAAAUGCAUUAAAGGACACUCUGGGCAUUGGAAGGAGGUAAUGGUACAAAGAGGUCCCCAAGUGCCUGACCUCCAGGAGUUUAACCCCAAAGUGUUAAAUCCAAUGCCUGAUCACUAUGCCCAGCUAAUUCCGCAGAUAGGCUGACAGUGUCAGCUGACACUCUCAGCCUAUCAAUAGUUCCCCAUUCAUAAAAUGACUUCAGAAAUAUAUACGUAUUUUUGUCCAAGUCGUUUGGUGAGUGGGAACUACUGAUAGGCUGACUCUCUUUGUGGUUCCAGUACAAGGCUUUCUAAUUCAAGCCUCGGACUGAGGUGUACAUAGCUGGGCAGAGUGAUUUGGGCGCCAAAUUAAACACCUGAGGUAACUGGCGACUGGUAACCACCUUGCACCAGAACAACAUCACUCUGAUGAAUUUGUAAUGAUGUCCACAGUGUUCCUUUAAAUAAUGCAAAAUUAUAAAAAAAAAAUUGCUUAUCUUUAAAAUGUCUCUCUCAAUCGACUGCUUAGGGAGUCUAGACCCACUGUUUAGUGCAUCGGGCUGUGCUAUUGGCAGAUCCAUGGAUCUCAAAUUUAUAGUACUCGUUUAUCACCAGGAAGUGAAGCUUCUCUGUGUAUGCUACGGGCAGAUACUGCAUGUAUUGUAUGGACAAAAUUAAUACAGGGCAACAUUGAACAAAGUGUUCCAACUGCCUGCUUGACAGCUUUGCUUGGGUGUCCUAUAGAUGAAACUUAAAUAACUGCUGCUCUAAGCCACUCUCUUAAAUUAAUGGAAUUAUAAGAACCAUGACCUGUGCUGUAAUGCAAAUUGCUUAUAGUGCUUAGAUUCACAUUUUAAUGUCAGUUGUAAUGUAACAAAUAAGAGAAAUAAGUCAGUACAUGUGGCUAGCAAUCCAUUUAUGAAGGGACAUAAAACGUCGCCAACAAGAAUACAUAUGCUUCCUCUCUGCAGAUUCUUAUCAGAAACCGGUCCACAGAUCUUGAUGCUCGUAUGGGUGAUGGUUCCACAGCUUUGAUCUUAGCUGCCCGAUUGGCUGUAGAAGGAAUGGUAGAGGAGCUAGUAGCCUGCCAUGCUGAUGUCAACUCUGUAGAUGAACUUGGUGAGUUCCUAAACUGAGAUACAGAAUGUGUUUGGGGUAGGGUGGCAAAGUGACUUUCAAAACUUUUAAGGCAUUCAGAGGUUUAAAUUCCAUUUCUCCACUCCUAAAACUCUGAUGACAAACAUUCUGCUGAAAAAUUUUAAUUUACAUAUCUGUAUUUAGAAUUAUAAUUUUAUGUGACUACUAAGGAAAGAGUUAUUUGCUUAAUGUUUUGUAUAAUGCAUUUUCUUUGUCUCUGGAUAAUCUUCAGUAAGUCUCUAAGUAUAUUCCAUGUGUUUGAGUUACUAUGUUCUUAAGAUAUUAAUGUGGCCUUCUCCAUCAGAAUAAAACUUGCUAAUCUACCAUCUGACAUGGCUAUUUUUCAUUCGCUUUUUUAUUCUUAUAGGUAAAUCUGCUUUGCACUGGGCUGCUGCUGUCAAUAACAUAGAGGCCACACUGGCUCUUCUGAAGAAUGGUGCAAAUAAAGACAUGCAGGACAGCAAGGUGAGUGCAGGCAGUGGUGUUUACACAGUGUUUUGUGAUCUUUAACCAACAAGAGGACACACAGAUGGUUAUGCAAAAUGCGCAAAUUUAGAGUAAUGUUCUACAAGUGGAUCAAUUGAUCCACUUAAAGCCUUCUGUCCCAGAACUGCAUAUUUUCUACAAAACUGCCAAAAGGGUCUUCAUGAAAGAAAGAAUACUGCCGCUGCCGGAUUUGAUACUGUGCUUUCAACUCACAAACUUUGUUCAACCUUUCCUUGAAUAUGCAGAGUGUCCUGCAGAUUAAAGUGGUUUUAAGAUAUUCACAGACCCAGAUUCUGCUGUUGCUUGUUCUCUUUUUAAAACAGAAUGCAUUUUAAAUCUUCAUCCACUUUCCACAAACUGAAAAGGAGAAUAAGCGUUUAGAUUUUGAGGUAUGCAGGCUGGUGGUUAGUCGCUUAACACCUGGAGUAGUUUACCUUAGCCUUUUAUGCCCCAAGAUUCCUGCUCACACUGAAUUUUUGUUGGUGUUCUGUGGUUCUCAUGGAAGGAGGAACUGUUAGAUUUUUAAUUAUACAUGAAGUUAUACUGUGGGUUUCAAUAACUAGGGUGAAGUAGAAGUAUAAUAAGCGUCAAAAAUUGGUGUUGACUCUUGUACUUAAUUAUUAUGUAUAUAUUUUAAUACAAUAUAUAAAAGCAAAUGAAUCCAUGGUAUUAUCUAUAAAAUUUACAUCAAUUUUAAAUAUGCAAGUAAUUUUUAUGGGAAGUACCCAUUCAGAUGUAAACUGCUGCAAUCUGUUUUUUUUGUUUUUGUUUUUAAAUGUGCCACAAUUCCAGUGCUAGUCAAUGGUAAACAAGUUAUAGACUAGAAUAACUAAUGGUGACACAGACAUACAUAAGCAAUAAAAAUAAACCUUUUAAAGGAACAUUCUUGGCACCAAAACCACGUAAUUGAAAUUAAUUCCUUGGCACUGGAUUACCUUUAGGGGUUAAAUCAUACAUAAACUGUUUAACACAAAAGUCUUAAAUCCAGUACUGUUUAGCUCUGCCCACUUCUCGGAGAUUCAAACAAAAAGCCUUCGACAGGGGCUCUGCUGAUUGGCUGAGAGCAUCCGCUGAUGCUCUAAUCCAAUCAGUAGGUCUCCGUUAACAAAAUAGAUUGUGAAAUGUAUCAGCAAUCACCCUGUCUGAGGCUAAUUUGUGUGCCUAUAAAUUUUAACAUUUAUGCUUUCUUCUACAUGCUACAGGAGGAAACACCAUUAUUUUUGGCUGCUCGUGAAGGAAGUUAUGAAGCCGCUAAAGUUCUCCUUGAUCACUAUGCAAAUCGGGAAAUCACAGAUCAUAUGGAUCGUCUCCCACGAGACAUAGCACAAGAGAGACUACACCACGAUAUUGUUCAGCUCUUGGAAGAACAUAACACAGUUAGGGGUUCCCAAGGGCCUCUUGGGGGACACACCAUGUCACCACUUCUUUGCCCUCCAAAUGGAUACAUGGGAAACAUCAAGCAGACCCCCCAAGGCAAGAAAAGUCGCAGGGCAGGAGCUAAAACUGGUGGGGCUAGUCUAACCCGGGGAGAAGCUAAGGAUGCAAAAAAUAGAAACAAGAAGCUGUCACUCGACUGUCCCCCUGGAAAUGGGGGUUUGAUGGAGAGCUCAGUUACCCUAUCACCUGUUGACUCCCUGGAUUCACCACGUGCUUAUAGUGCCAACCCUGGUUCCCCAGCUAUGUCUGCCCCUGGCACAUUCCACCUUGGAUCCCUAUCUGUGCCCUCCACCCCACUUGUGAAUGGGCUUAUGGAGGGGCCCUUUGCAGUUUCCCUGGCACAUCUUAAUGAUAUUGGGGAGUCACAAGGCAACACAGUUUUGGCACUUCAAGGAAGAGUUCCACUGCAGCGGGCACCAAGCUGUGUGGUGAAUGGGUUGAGUCUUGGUAUGGUGAAUCCAAAUCUGCCUUUUGCCUGGCAAAACCAACUAGCAUCGUCACAUUCACAACGCAAUAUAAUGGCAGGAGCUCCGGUUGGGUCUGUUCCCAACUUGCACCAGCUUCAUGCCCAACAAGUGCUAAUGUUGCACAACCAGAUGGCUAUGCAGAGCCCUGUGAAGAUGUCCAUGGAGCAGCAGUGCCAGAUGGGUUCUGCAGCCACCAAUGCUGCUCAUAUGCGGCAACAGAGCAUGCCACAUGUGACCGAGCGAUCUGCUCAGUCUCUGGCCCCUGCUGAAGGCAACUACUUUAAGCAGCAAGUUGUAACAAGUGAAGGCACCAUCCAGACCUCUCCUGCUGUUCCUGCACCUCCACAACAAACCUUCGCUCCCUCUCAAGAGGACACACCUAAACACUACUUGCAUGUUCCAAAUGAACAUCCUUACCUUACCCCCUCUCCAGAAUCCCCAGAGCAGUGGUCCAGCCCAUCCCCUCGCUCUGUGUCGGAGUGGUCAGAUGCCACCCCUAGUCCUGUUGUUGUGGGGGGUGCACAUGGGCAAUCAACCCAUAUGCCUGAGCAGUCCAGCAAUAUGCAGGUUUUUGCCUAAGCUGCUUAUCCUUUCUUUUCCUUUUUCUAAUACACUCAACCCAAUUAUUUUCUUUUUCUUCUAAUCCGAUCAACACGGUUUUCUUGCUUGUUACUAAACAUCCCUACUCUUAUCUUUGCCCCCCACCACCCUUUUCCUGUAUCUUCACUUCUCCCUAGUGUAUUAGGGUUCCUAACCAGAACUUUUAAACCAGAACUUUUAAACCAGAGCUUAGAACUCUAUAAGUGAAGUCUCAACAGAGUAUAUAAGAAUGUGUUUUUUUAUGACGGGACCAUGAAGAAAACCUUUAUCUACAUCUGGGCCAUUUUUAACACUUUCCAAGGACCAUCUUCUUUAAUGAUAGAAUGAUAGCUUGCCAUAUUUCAUUACAAAAAGAAGAAACUUUAUAUAUUUUUUUUUUUACCACAAAUAUUGUAUUAUAUACAAACAAAUGAUAAAUGUUACAUUUGAAGGGGGUGGAUAUCCACCACCUUAAGCUAAUGUCACUGCCCUGUGCUGCUCCAAUAGUGGAAUGGACUUAAGAUGUAUUUUUAUAUAUAUAUGGAUAAAGACUUGUGCUUCUUUUUUUUUAAAUUUUUUUUUUAUUCCCCCCCCACCCCCCUUGUUCUUUGCAACAAAACUUAAAUAUCUGUGUCCGAGUCGGUACGAAAUUUAGAAUUUAAAUGUCACAUUGUAGGAAAUUAAUGUAAAGGUUCCGCCGCAUUUUUGAAGGCUCAUCAGUUAAUUUUAAACGGCAGAUUCCUGUAGAGCGUAUUUGUUUUCAACAGUGUUUUUGUGGGGGGUGGGGGGGUUGGGUUUUUAAAAUGCAUUCCAUAGUGCAAUAUUGCACAGUAUGUUUACUUAAAAGUGACAAACGUUUAAGACGAGUGUCAAGUGCUGGUCUCCAGAUAUUAGGAUUGCAACUCCCAUAAUACUGCACUGUGGGACUUGUUAUCCAAUAACAGCAGGGGUGUGGUUGCCAGUCUAAGACGCUUGGUCUGAUGAAAAAGGAUUUUAAAUGUUUAAGUAUUUUGCUUUCUCUGCCAAGGUCUCUACAACUAGGGCCCUGAAAGUGCAUUUUUCCAUAUAUAGUCAUGCAAAACUCGAGGAUCCUUGUUUGUUUCGGCAAGAUUAAAAUGGAUAUUACACACAAAUGAAUCAGAUAAGAUCUCUGGCAUCAGACACACAUGUUUUUGUUUUAGCAAUUCAUGUCUACUUGUUACACUCCCAAAUAUAUAAUAUGAUUCUCAUUUGGAACUCUGUGUAACUCUGCAUAACCAAACUAUGGAUAUAUAUGGAUGACUAUUCUCUAAUGAAAACACUACAUAAUAAAUUGGAGCGUCUGGUUUACAUAGACCUAUUUUACGAACAAUGGGAGAGAAUAUAAUAUAUAUUUUCCCCUUUUUAUUUAAGAUAUCCUUUUUGAUUUUAUUAUUUUUAAUUGACAAUUUCCUCCCUAAAUCCUUGUGGUACAAUGGAUAUGCCUAAUUUCUUUUAUUUUAAUAUUGCCAUUGUAAUAAACAGGAAAGGGUUGAAGGAAAAGAAUUUUGGCCUUCUGUUUGGUUAAAUUUAACAGUAAUUGCAAUUUUCAUGGUGAAAGUUGAACAUAAUAUACCAAACUCCAUGGUUAAAGGAGAAGACUUUUUUGGUGUUACCAAUCUUGUAAUACUUAAAUUGUAUUAUUUAGGCUGUAGCCAUAUAAAUAUAUAUAUAUUUAAAUAUAUAUUUUUGUGUACUGGGUAUACAUAUAAUUUUCCUUUUUUUUUUUCUUUUUUUUUUUCUUUUUUCUUCUUUACAAUUAAAGAGGACACAAAAUAAAAUAUUUUUUUUUGCUGAGCCAAGGACGGGGGAUUUUGCUAUUACAUAAUAAAUUUUACAUUUAUUUAUACUGUGGUAUAAAUACAUAUAUAAGUAUAGCUACAUCAUGAUUUGUGUGUAAUUAUAACACUGCCUUACAAACAUGUACAGUGUUAUUUUCUUGUAACUUAUUCAGCCUAACUGCCUGCACCGUUGAACAAUUUUAGUGUUUGGGUAAAUAGUCACUCUAGGGCCUUAAUUUCAGUGUAUUGAUAUUGUGUAAGAGGAUUAUAAAUUAUGUAAUAGAGUAUGUGACCACUAGAUGUCACUUUCCAUGCAUAUUUUGUAUUGAGUAUUUCUAAGGCACCCUUUCGACCCGAGCAUUUGUUCUGUUCUAGGAAAUGAUUCAUUUAACCUAUGCCACCAUUAUGCAUCUCAAUGGGCAGUAAUACCUAUUGUAUGAAAUAGCAUCAUAAGGGAAGUUCAAAUAUCUAGAAGGUUUAAAUAUAUGAAAACUUCUUUAACUGAUAUAUUUGGGAAGCAAAUAUUUAAUGAUGCAUGCUCAAGAAACAAAUAAAAAUUUAUGAACUGUAAUCGGGUCAUUGACCAGAAAGUGAUGAAAUAAUUUAAUGGCAAACCAUUGUCUGUUGUAAAAUGCAGACUGCGUAGAGAGAAAUUUAAUUACAUAUACAUCCAAAACAUUUUACAGAAAUAUUUGAACUACUCUAAAUGUGUGCUUUCUAUAAGAGCAACAAUAUCCGCUUUAAGUAUCUAUAAAGAUUAUUGACCUACUGACAGACUGCCACAAUGUAUUCCGGUAUAAACGCAAAUUGAAAUCACAAUAUCAACCACUGCCAAUUGUCAACUAUGUAAAAUACUAUCUUAUAUACCAUUGUUGUAAAGCAUCACAGUCACUGCCUGGCAUCCUUAGACUAUGGGGUUUAUUAUCUAAAUUGACAGUAUUGCAGCUCUGACACAAUUUGCAAAAUGUAGGCUAAAUUAAGAAUUGGAUUACAUUGAAGUCAUGUUGGAGAUUUGUUUUUCUUUUCCAACCUGGUUGUUUAAACCUAACUUUUGCACUUUGGAUGUCAACUAACCACAGCUUACGAUUUAGUGAUUUAACCUCUAUAUAUCUUGUCAUAUACAAAAUCACCCAGACUUACAUUUUACACGUCAAAUUAAUGAAAUUUCUGUAUGGUUAAACUUUUUUUUAUUUUAAUUUUUUUUAACACCGAUUUUUCUUUUAAUAAAUAGAAUGUUAGCUAUUUUUUUAAUUAAUCAGCUAUAUGUAUAUUUUUUAUUACUCUUGAAAUAACGUGACUCUCUUCCCCCUUUGUUUUUUGUAAGAAAUAAUAAAAUGACAAAAAAAAAUCAAGUAGAUUUAUACUGUGUAAAUAGCCUGGUACAGAUUUUGUCACAUGUAAAGUGUCUAAUUCAAUAAAUGUAGUCAUUGAAAUAAA